CUUGUUUACUGCUGCAGAAUGUUUGGUGCAUAAACUAAAGUCUAUAUCGCCGCAAAAAAAUAAAAAAUAAAGUUAUUUAUAUAAUUGUCAUUGUUGUUUCAAAUAUCAGCGAGGACAUGGCUGUGUGUAAUUUACAAUAAUCGAAAAUGUGUUCUGAUGGUGUCUGAAUAGCUUGGAAAUUAGCAAAGAACAGUCAGAAAGACAGCAAACGAACUAUUGCGAAAAAUACAGUCUACGAUGUCGGUCUAUGAUGGUGUCUUGUCCCUUUCUGUCCAGUAGAUGGCGCUGUUGUUCUAUCUCCCUUCUGAAUCCAGCAGACGCAAGUGGUGUGUCUUUUUUAAUUCUUUGUCCGGCAGAGGGCACUGCUGCGAGCUCGCUGUUAGAGCGAAUGACGUCAGCCCCGAUACACACUGCUAGUCUGACACUCUUCUCCACUCUGCAACUUUCCCGUGCUGGAGCAGGCAGGAUUAGAGAGGGGAGAGGAGUAGCCUGCCACAGAGGGGGGAGCCGAACAGGCUGGGCUACAGGGGCCAAAACACCAAACUGACAGAAAAAGGGGGAGAGGGGCACAAUGUACCCCCAACUGGCACUGUUGCUCCUGGUCGCCCCCCUGUGCUUCCCCCUGGAAACUGAGACUCCUACAGGUCAGUCACUGGUUGCUUUUGUUCCUCCUCCUCUUCACCCCUCCUUCCCCAUAUCACUUACUGUUCCUCUCUCCCUCCUCUGCUCACACCCAUUCCUUUACAACACUUGUUUGCUACUUCUUCUUCUCCUUCUCCCCUCUUUUCACCUGCCUCCCUCCUUCCCCAUGUCUACCUGUACUAUGUGCUCCCCCUUGGUAGCUAAUUCUCCUGGCAUUCAGUCUUGCCCAUUCUCUCUCCCCAUUGUCUGCAGUACACUCUCUCACCUCUCCAUCAUUCCCUUUCAUUACCUUGUCGCAGUUCACUCCUUUCUUCCUGUAACUUGGCCUGCUAGCCCUUUAAUGUUUUCUGACUUGUCCCCUUCUCUCUACAAACCCUGCCAUUACUAACUAUCCUUUCUGUGCUACUUCUACUUUCCAGUUUCCUCGUACUUUCAUGUCCUUCCCCUUCUCCUCUUUCUCCAAUUUAAUCUAGUAUUGGGAAAUAUCAAACUACGUAUUCCAUCCCCCCGUCCCCCUCUCCUUACACACAUACACUAUACUUUACAAUGUACUUCCCUGGCUAUUCUAUUUAACUCCCAUCUCCUCCUACCCCUAUUUGCCCCUAACAAUAAAUACUCCUCCUAUAUUCCUCCCUCUUUUUCCUCCUUUACCCAAUUCCCCCUCCCACUUUUUCUCCAAUGCCCUCUCUAUUUUAUACUCACCUCUCUCAUUAUUUAGCUAAUAUCUGUUUGGAUUAUUUCACGUCGUUUUUUUUUUUUCGUUUUCUUUACGCUUCAAUUGAAUUAAUCUGCUAUGUUUAGCAUUUUCUUUAAUUAGUCCUCUGUGUGGGUCAACAACAUUUAAAUUAUAUAAUGGGUUCUGCAUUAUAUGCUUUCCCCCAUAUCUCUAAAAUCAGGGUCCAUUUCAAUCCUUUUGUAUUCCUCUUAAUCCCUUAUUCCCCCCUUUCUCAGUUUAUUGUUUAUUCCCCAUCUGUAAUCAGCCUCAUCUUCUCUACACCCACUUCUUGUCUAUCUCAUGGACCCUCUAACACCAGAUUAACCUAUUCCACUGCCAAACCUCUCCUUCCUUAGUCACAGGACCAUGUGCCUGUUUAUUGUCAUCACUAGUUUUUCUAACAUCUUCAAUUAUAUAACACCACCUCUCACUUUUUGUAAACCGUCUUCCAAAAUAUAUUCAGACCUUUCUUUUCAUUGCCUUUUCCUCCAGACCUUCUAUUUCACGAUUUACACUCCUAGUUCCCUUUUACCCAUCCUUAAUAUUAUAUUUCUAUUAUCUCUCCUACCACCCAUUUCUUACAAAUCUCAGCCUCUCCUCCCCAAUGUCUUCAUUUCCCCCCAAACUAAACUAAUAAUCUACGCCCCCAUCAUAUAUUUAUCAACAGUCUCUCAUGCUUAUUAUCAUUAAUCCCCAUUUAUUUUAUUUUCCUACUUGUGGACCUUUCUCUUCUACACCUCCAUCUUCUUUAUCCCUGACACACUAUAUCUUCUUUGUAAGAUGUUUUUCUAAACCAUACAUGUUCAGACUCAUCAUAUACAUCUUCUACUAGUUAACCCAUCUACAACUGUCCUCCCCUACAAUGUCCACCAUUUAACCCCCCUCCAAAUGUUCUGCCUUACUUUCAACCCUGCUUUGUCCUUUCAUGUGUUCUCAUCCUUUCUCCCAUACACUAUAUUCAUACUUCACCUUCAUUUAUGUCUUCAAUACAUCCUCCACUUAUUGCUCUCUCCUUCCUCCAACACUCUGUACAUUUUCCCUAUAACUGCAGUUUAUUUGGUUGUCCAUAUGCCCUUUUAUUUAUUUCUCCGCUUUUUCCUUAAUGGUUUCUUUUUUUUUUUUUUUCAGUAUCUACUUUACUAUAUUAAUGUAUUUAUUUAUUUGUUUGUUAUUUAUUUGAUUCCUUUUUUUUUCUCCCUUGCUUUUCUUGAUAUACAGAGUCAAACUACUCUGUGUGAUCUUUUAUUAAGACAACCUUCUGAACUUAAUUUGUGGUUAAUUAAUAACUUAUGUGGUUUCAAGUAUUUUUAUUAUAUGAGAUUACCAGUUAGCUAAAGUUUAUUAAUUAGGCACAGUCUUUAUAAUUAUACAUGCGUGUUUGUUAAAUCCAGUUUUACUGAUAAUAAUAAAUUAGAAUGCAAGUGUGAGUUGUAGGAAGAAUUUAUUUUUAAUACUGGUAUUAUAAUUUUAUUUUUUGAGCGAUUAAUUCUGAUGCUGUGUUGAGGAGGUAGACACUAUAUGGCAUUAGAGGAGGAAUUAAUGAGAGAGUUUUUUUUACAGAGUAAUAGGGACAGGUUAUAUAGAGAGAUAGGAGGAGUUAUAGGGAGAGGUUAUAUAGAGAGAUAGGAUGAGUUAUAGGGAGAGGUUAUAUAGAGAGAUAGGAGGAGUUAUAGUGAGGGGUUAUAUGGAGAGAUAGGAGGAGUUACAGAGAGAGGUUAAAUGGAGAGAUAUGGGAGUUAUAGGGAGAGAUAUGAGGAGUUUAGGGAGAGGUUAUAUGGAGAGAUAGGAGGAGUUAUAGGGAGAGGUUAUAUGGGGAGAUAGGAGGAGUUAUAGGGAGAGGUUAUAUAGAGAGAUAGGAAGAGUUUUAGGGAGAGGUUAUAUAGAGAGAUAGGAGGAGUUAUAGGGAGAGGUUAUAUGGAGAGAUAGGAGGAGGUAUAGUGAGAGGUUAUAUGGAGAGAUACUAGGAGUUAUAGGGACAGGUUAUAUAGAGAGAUAGGAGGAGUAAUAGGGAAAGGUUAAAUGGAGAGAUAGGUGGAGUUAUAGGGAGAGAAAUGAGGAGUUAUAGGGAGAGGUUAUAUGGAGAGAUAGGAGGAGUUAUAGGGAGAGGUUAUAUAGAGAGAUAGGAGGAGUUAAAUGGAGAGGUUAUAUAGAGAGAUAGGAGGAGUUAUAGGGAAAGGUUAUAUGGAGAGAUAGGAGGAGUUAUAGGGAGAGAUAGGAGGAGUUAUAGGGAGCGGUUAUACAGAGAGAUAGGAGGAGUUAUAGCGAUAGGUUAUAUAGAGAGAUGGGAGGAGUUAUAGAGAGAGGUUAAAUGGAGAGAUAUGAGGAGUUAUAGGGAGAGGUUAUAUAGAGAGAUAGGAGGAGUUAUAGGGAGAGGUUAUAUGGAGUAAUAGGAGGAGUUAUAGGGAGAGGUUAUAUAGAGAGAUAGGAGGAGUUAUAGGGAGAGGUUAUAUGGAGUAAUAGGAGGAGUUAUAGAGAGAGAUAGGAGGAGUUAUAGGGAGAGGUUAUAUGGAGUAAUAUGAGGAGUUAUAGAGAGAGAUAGGAGGAGUUAUAGAGAGAGUUUAUAUGGGGAGGUUUUAUGUAGAGGUUGUUUUUGUUUCUUCUAUUAAUCUCCUUGUAUAUGGAGAUCAAAAAUGUGUUUCCUCAGGAAUAAAGAUACAUUGAUAGAAAAUAGAACAUUUUCUUUUGUGAGUGCGAUAUCGUAGAUAUUUUGUAUUUUGAUCUGGUAUUAUAUUUAUGAGGGGUAACCCUUUGUGAUACAAAACAAUUUUAAUAGGGGGUUGCUAUAUGAAGAGGUAGGAAGAGUUGUAGGGAGAGAUAGUGGAUGUUAUAUUUGGAGAAAUAGAAGAUAUUAUCAAGGAAAAGUUUAUAUAGAUUUGAUACCCAUACAUGUAUAUUGAUAUAAACUUAUAGAUAUAUACAUCUAUCAAUAUAUUGGUAAAUUCUAAAUGUAAUGAAAUUAAUUAAUAAAGGGAAUUAUGAUAUCUUUUUUUUCAAUAAGGAACUUCUGUAUGAGAUAGGUUUUUGCAAUGUAAUGCUGAAAUGGUGAUGCAUGUUUUGUUCUGGAUGUUAAUAUGUGUGGAUACAUUUAUUUAAAGACUGCAAUUACAUUGAUCUGAAGUGUAUCAGUGUCCAUAAAAUAUGUCUGUGUAAGUGCAGUAUUUCUUAACGAGAGGAAAUGUAUACGUAAGUCUUUACAGGCUACAAGCAAGCUAACUCUGACUCUGGAUCUUAAUAUCCCAAGCAUGUCAUUAUUUCUGGUGACUAACCACCCCUAAAGAGAUCAAAGUCCUCUACCUCUUUAGUGCCACUUAGGAAGCUUCUGUAUCACUGUCUGGUCACCUCUCAUCAUUGUUCUCAUUAUCCAUGGGCAGGAAGGUGUGUGAACUAAUGACAGUGACAUGUCUAGUAGGUUUAAGGGUAAGCCCCACUCGGGAACUGUGCUGCCUAGGAGCAGUGAUGUGUAUAAUGGGUUAAUAAACUUGCAGAGCCAGGGUGGCCUCAGAUCACCCCCCCUCCUCCAUCCCUGCUCACUGGGCCUUGUAAAGACUGAAUGGUUUGAAACUUGCCUGCCUGCUAGUUAGACAUUAAAGAGCUUUUAUAUAUUUUAGUUUUUCAGUGGUAAUAUCUUGUUAUCACUUCGUUUUUUUUCUUCCUUCUGGGCUCAGAUUUCAUAAAACUAUAAUGUUUCCAGCUCUCAAGCGUGUCUCUUGGUCACAGGAUUAUUGUGGGAGAUUAGAAAGAAUUCCUCUCGUCCUACACAUGACUAUUGUCAAAAUCCCUUUUACUAACACGUCUCUGCAUCCCACAACUUGUUUAAACACGAACAGUACAAUGGUUGGAGAUGGAUGGGGGAAACCAGAAUGCAAAAUGAACACAAAGAAAUGAUAUCUAAGGCGAAUAGUGGAAAAGAGCAGGCAUUGCUUAAGGGGAGAAAGUGUUUUCGACUCCUGCCUAUGGGUGAUGUGAUGGAGUUGAAAGAAUGGGGUACAUGGUUGAUAACGAAAGAGUUGUAGCAUUUGGAUUAGACAGGAAGAACUGAAAAGGAUAAUUGCAAAUGCAAAAAUACCAGAGUUUGUUUUUUCUCUAUCGUUCUCUAUUUUGACCUGAAAUUUUCUGCUGCUUGUCAGUUCUACGCAAUCUCCUCACUACGGCUUAGGGAUUCAUGUUAUAUAUUUCUGUGACACCUGAGACACAGUAAUGAGCAUAGGGUGUCGUAUUAGUAGAUGAAAGAGGCAGCUGAAAAUAUAUUUGUAGUAGAAAAGGGUCUGGAUACCAUAUUCUAAUAGAUGAGGUAGUUGGUCUGGUGUAGCCAUAUAAGUCUAGUGAUAUGGAUGCAAAAUAACUGUAUAGCACUAACUUAAUAAUGUUAUUUUAAUGCACAUAAAAUAUAUUGGAAAGACUAGAUUUCUGAAGUUGCUCCCUUUUUCAAGUCAAUAGGACAUAGACCAAAAGUGUGGCCUUCCAAAAUGUUGUUUGUCCAGUAAAACAUAUUGGAAUACCCCAUUCAUUUACUCAUAUGUUAAUAUAAACACAUCUGCUCAGCCAGUGAUCUUUCCCUAAUUCUGCCCAAUUUUUACCCUGCUCUCCCCCAUGGAUUACCAGUACUUUAAAUAUGUGUGUAUGGAUUAUUUAUCUCCCCCACGAUCAUCCCCUUUGCCGUUGUUACACCACAUACAUUUUCCUGUGUUGUCCUUGUUUACCUGGUAACCUAAUUUCCUAUAUAAUACAAUGUCAUACCUGUCCAUGUAAAUGUACUUCAGAUAUAAAGUAUCACACAAAACCUGGCAAUUUCAUUUUUGUGUAAUUAGUCAUCCUUAGACAUUAAUCCUACUGGGAAUGCAAGCUUGUUAGCGACCCUUGAUGUAGAAGAAACCAUUCAAAGUAAUCACUUGCAUGACAAGCUGUUAACUCUUAACUCCUAAAAAAUCAUCUUGUCCUCUGCCGAAAACUGGCAGGCAGAUUUACCGUCAAGAGAGGGUAUGGAAAUGGGUGUUGUUGUACAGGAAAAGGUUAAUAUUGUGUAUAGUGAAUGAUCUCGCUGACUGUUCAGCUGGAUGGACCAGACGCUUCUGAAAACAAUAGGGAUGUUGCUAAUCCUGCAGACAGCAGCCCUAUAAAAAUCCCCCCUUUUGUAAGAACUGGGGCAGUGUCUGUAAUGUAGAUUGGGGGGGAAGGGACUGUCCCAAUAAAACAUGUCUGUUACUCCCUUCUGAUUGGGAUACAGUCUUUAUUAACAACGCUGAAUAUUAAAUGUGGACAUGUCAGUGUGCAUCAGAGUAGCAAGAAGUAUCCUUUCAUGGGUGACGAUGUAGAAAGUACAUAUUCCAGAGCUGCAUGGAAAGAUAUGAUGCUCUGUUGUGGGCAAGUGUUUUGUACUUAAAGGGAAAAAGAAGUCAGAAUAUAAUGGGGCCACAGCUUACUGUAGUUGCUUAGGGAUUUGUGUUCUUUACCCUACUUUAUCCUAGGAACAAUCAUGCCAUUGUUUGCUGUAAAAUGUCUAAAAUGUCAAUGUUCCCAAGCCAGUUCACAAAAUCUGGUGGUCAAUUAUAUCCACUGUAGCAGAACUGUGUAAUCCCUAACUAAUGGACCAUUGGUGGUUCUUGAUGAGUGAGGACUGGGAUGUAAAAUGCUGGUGUUGAUGGAGUUAUAGAAAGACAUUUGCAUGAAGAUCAUCUGUGUCACUCUUAUAGGCUGUUGCUUUUUAUGAGAGUCAAUGUAUCAAAGAUUGUGAAGGAUGCUGAAACCGAUCAUACAUCAGGUAGCAGUAUUCUCUUUGCAUGUAUUAUUUGCAGUAUUAAAUCGGUACUGUCAUGCCGAACCAACUUUUCUUUAAUCGAUUCCUCUUCUCUCCCUCUGUCAGGAUCUGUUCUUCAUUUUUUCCUAUCUGCUCUAGUUUUCUUUAAAAUCAUAAGACAAAAUAGGGACUAUUUGUCUUAUGCACAUUUCCUGCGCCUGACCAGCUAUGACCAGCAGAGGAGCAAAGUGUGCUUCAUUUCCGGUGGUCAGAGCAAUUUUCCCGCAAUUCUCACCAUUGACCUGUGAUCUCACAAUGCUUCCUGUCAGUAUUCCCGAACGUCCUGUCACUUAGACAGAACGCAGGCGAAACUACCGAAUUUCGUCCUAACCGAAUGAGAAUAGUUUGUUCAUUCAUGUUAGGACGCAAUUCGGGACUUUGUUCGGAUUGGAAUUUCAUUCGAAUGAAUGAAACUCUGAUCCUAUUUGUGCCGCGGCUGCAUCUUGCAGCCGCUUAGUAGAUAGCUCCCUAAUUCCCAUGGUAUUAGGGAGCUAUCUAACAAAAGGCUGAAAGACCUAAAUUGGUCUUUCAGCCAAAUUUACUAAUACCGAUUAAAGAUUAUUUAGUAUUAGUAAAUUCUACCCCUACUCGCUAUACCGCGAGUAGGGGCAUGUAUAGUAAACAGUGAGCAGUUGUGUCCUAGUACUAUGCCCCAAAUAUUUAAAAUGUUAAAUUUUACAGACCAUUUGUGUCCUAGUACUAUGCCCCCAAUAUUUCAAAUAGGCAAAGAGGGACACUUUACUUUUAGUAAAAGGGGUGUGGCCAGGGGUGAUGCUUUUUUGAGAAAUUUUACUAAUAAUUUAUAGAACUAAAAUGUAAUUUAGAACAAGAACAAUAUAUAUCUCAUUUACACAGACUGACUUCUAAACACAUUUAUUGUAGUAUAAAGACACAUUACUGGGAGUAGUAUUGCUGUGGAGCUCUGAUAUACACUAAUUCACACCAACAAUAUGAAGCCCCUCGAAAAGAGGGACAUAGGGAUUUGGGCCCAAAAUAGAGACUAUCCCUACUAAAUAGGGACACCUGUGAGGUAUGUAGUACUGUAAAUGUCCCCACCCAGCAAUCCCCCUAUGCAUGCCAGUUUUCUGGGAGUUUAAGUGGACAAAUCUUAGAUAUGACUAUUUCAAUAUUUGGGUUAUCACCAUCAUAGUAUGCAAUAUACAAAACUACAAAACCUGGAGCAUUUUGAGUUUUUUCAUGUGACAGUUUCACCACAUAUGUAUACUAAUUUAACAGAAGCAUUGUUUCCUGUAUUUUUCCACACAGAGAUUGAAAUAUUGCAGUGCAUAUUGUAGCCUUGGCGUGUUCUUCUACUGUAAAACCCCAGAAUUGUAUUCUGCUGCAUCCCUAGACUAUAUCAAUACCUACCUGCUACACCUUAGCUAGAUUUGUAGGAAGUCAUAUUCUCAAAUUAUAGACAUGUCCUCCAUUUUGACAGACUGAUUAGCUUAGUCUAUGUGUCCUUUGGGAUAGAAUAGUUGACUCCAUAAUAAAAUUAGCCCCAUCAAGGUAUUUGCAAAUGUUGGCUCCCACAAGAUAUUUCUCAUGAGAUAUUAUCAUCUUUUCAUUUAGCCCAUUUAAUUUCAACUUCUGCAAAAAUUUCUUGUAUGAUUUUACCUCACAUUACUUUUUAAUUUGCAUUUCUCUCGCCCUUCUCACCUUCCUGUAGUCUUCACUAACUCAUUUCCACCUUCUCUGCUGUGUGUGUAAUGAUUAUUCUUUUGAGUUUUGUUAGAUUUGACCUUGAUAACAGUGUUUUUUCUUUGGGAGUUCUCCAAGUUGAAGCCAUCUGUGCUGCUGCCAAUUUUUGCCUGUCUUGGUUAUUUAUGUAUAACUAUAAAGAUUUUGUAUAAUUUUACACAAAGGGAGCAGGGAUUUGUACUACAGUGUACUUUGUUACAGGAAAACAUAUGUUGAAAUUAAUAGCGAUAUAUUUAGAAACUUAUUUUUUAAACCAUUUGUGAGAACACAAUUUUAAGGAUCCCCUAAAAACUAUACCCAUUAAAAACAAGCCACAUAAGUUUAUUUUUGUGAUUUGAAUAAGCCACACUAUAUGAUCCUCUAGGAAACAUAAUUUACAGGGGGCUGUAGUGGUUAUAGUGUCUGUGGUCCUCAGGAACCAUAGGUUAGUAUAUUGUUAAACAAUAAAGGCACAACAUUAUAUUUCAAUUAUUACAAUGAAUACAUAGAAACAUAGAAACAUAGAACGAUACUUCUAUUGCCUAUUGGUUGUGUAUGUUAAACAUCAGGUCUUUCUUUUUAAUAAAUCCAGUCUAAUCUCAUUUAGAGUAUAAAUUGCAUCCGUCACAAAUCCGUAACUCUACAUUUAUGCACCUUGAAUCUCACCUAUCACUUGCCUGUCUAGUCCCCUAGUUUAGCUACAUCCAUCUCCACUAUGUUCAGGCUAUAAGGUUUAUCUCAUUUUGUGUAAUUUUCUAGUAUUGACACAAACAUACAAUGCCCUUUACAGAAUCAUUAAUAAAAAAGAGAACUGUACCCAGGACAUAAACCUAUGAUUCUUCACUCACCAGCUGAGAAAUAUUUGUUCUCGAGACUUUUUUUUUAAACCAUUUAGGUUCAAACAGUUUCCAAACAUUCUCACCUUUACCAGCCGUUUAUUAGUUUGUAAUGCAAAGGAAUAAUAAGUGCUCUCUUCUCAGGGGUGAGCUGCAGUUCACCAACAAGGUGUUCCUCUACCUUGUGAUAAAUGGACAGAUAAAAUAGAAAGGUGAACAGCGCUAAAAAUCAGAAAAUGUACAUACGUUUUGUAGAAAUACUGGCCAGCAGAGUAACUUAAAAAAGAGAGAAACAAAAAUACAAAUAAUGGUACAGUAUGUAUGAACGAUAUAAUUCCACAAGAACAAAGGUGUUAUAUUCACACUCACACUUUGAGGAGCUAUAUCAGCUCGGUGUUAAGAGCCUGGACGGAAUAAUCCCCGUCUAUGGAUUUAUAUACUAGAGCAAUGACCUGCUCUAGUUUGGAGAAUUUCAGGUGGAAUAAUCCCCACCUUGGGAUAUAGUGGACCCAGGUAUAGCAGCAAAGCAGUAUUGGAUAGGAAGGAGGACAAAAGGAAUGACUGGAUAGUUUAAAAAAUAUGUAUACUUUAAUACAAUAAGUGAAAAGUGGAUAAUAAACUAUAAAACCAGUCCUGUAUAAAAGUCCAAAAUUCUUCCUCACUUGACGCGUUUCGCCGAAGCUUUCUCAAAAGUGAAUGCUUGCUGCUUGGGGUCCUUUAUUAGUUUGUACAGUAAACUUCUGAAAAUAAUUACAUUAAAGCCAAAUAGAUCUCAUCUGCUGAGACACAAAGUAUAUAUGUCUCUAAAUAAUAGGUUUAAGUUAGUCUGAUAGGCUCUUUUUCCACCAUAAUUCUUACAAAUGAUAUCGAUCUUUUCAAAAAGAUAUAAUGAAAGUAAACUAUCUCAGUUCUCAAAAUAUUUACAGUACCCUGAUAAUAUCUCAACAGUCAGUCCAGCUUGUCUUCAUAAUUUUACCCAGUAGCCUUCCAGCCUGCAGUCAAUGCUGGCAUUAUAUUUUUUUCAGCCAUCUUAUUAAAUCUGGCUGGCUGCAUUUUUUUAAAGCUGCUCUGUCAUUAUUAUUUUAUUAUUUAUAAAGCGCCAACAAAUUCCCGUAGUGCCUUUGGAGACGGCUUAGGUAGAGAAAUGAACAGCUCUGGUGGACAUUUCUGCAGUUAACAUGCCAAUUGCAUGCUCCCUCAACACUGUGGCCAGCCUAAGGCACACCUGUGCAAUAAUCAUGCUGUCUAAUCAGCAUCUUGAUAUGCCACACUUGUGAGGUGGAUGGUGUGAAGAAACCACACACUUAGUUAGUUAACUUAGAUUUUUCUCUUUCGGUAGAUAAAACUACCGAACACCAACCACCCCCUGGCUCAUUAACUAUAAUGUAAAAAACACAGAUUAAGUGCUCUCCCCGUGUGGCCGCUAUUCGUAUGGCCUUACGCCACGUUUUGGAGAAAAUGGCAGCAAUCUUGUUCGCACGAAAAGAUGCAGCGGGACUUGGUCUUCGAGUGUAUGGAACUAAAAUCAGACACUCGACUUCCCGAACGCCGGUCAACUUCGCGAACGCCUACUUCUUUUCACCAACCAGCCAGGCGAGCGCUAUUCAGUUAAUCCACAAAUUAAGGGAACAAACGCUAUCCAUGAGCCAGGGGAACAGUUUGAGAAUUUGUUUGGUUUUUACCUCUAAAACUGUGGAACUGUUUUGGGCAUAGAAUCUUGUGUGCGGUCAAAUUAUGACCUCCAUGGAAAUCCCGAACCCCUGAACUGAUUUGGGUGAUUUUUGGAUAUGUUGGUCCCCCAAGAUCGGGGCUAUCAGGGGAUAUGACUGUUGUGGGGUUUCCACGGGUUUUGUUGAAAUUUAUGUUUUUUGUGCCUGGAUAUAAUUGAGUUUAGUACAAUCCUUGACUUAAUUAUCUCCCAAGCACAGGGGAAGGAUUAUCCUAUUUUAUGUGGGAGUGUCCUGGACCUGAGAGCCAAUGUAUUUACAGUAUGUAUUUGGUCAUAGUCCCCUCUCAGGUCCAGUGGGGAAUGCCCCUGGAAUAUGUCACUGUAAACCCUGUGCAUGGGGACUUGCAUAUAAACCGGCCAGUUGGCCUAAAUAAAUUCAUUCCUGUUGUACCCUUUGUCUAGUCUAGGUUGAUGUUUGGGUAUACGUCUGAUUUGCUUGGUGAAUUUACUUGGAUACUGUACUUCUUCUGGAGAACGUUCGAAUCAACACCCGAACUGCGAGCUAUAACCACUCAGCCUCUAGCAGUUCGGGAGGAAACGAACAGGUAUCUGAAAUACCAGCGUUCGUUACAACUGGUGGCAAGCGGCGGGAUCCGAACGUUCGAAUGGAAUGCCUGAACCAGGAGAAUCAGUGAAUGGCACAGCAGUAUAAAUGGCUAAAGAAAACAAUAUUAAAGGAUCUGCUGGAAGCUCUAGGUCGGUCGGCAAGUAAUACGAAACGAGCCGUGCUGAUAGCCGAAUUAAUGCAGAGCGGCCAAGCCAGCGAUGCUCCUGAAAUAAGCAGGAAGCAGAAUUUCAAAGAAAAGUCAGAUGGCGACUCAGUUUGUUGGGGCCAAACCCUGCACCGGAAAUGGUGCUACAAGUAAUGGAGCAAGUAUCCACUGCACAGCUGGCACAACAACCCAACCUCUACUCAGGUGAGACAACUUCACUACAAGGGUAAUGGUGGGCAACAAAAAAAAGUGAAUUAUGCUGCGUUUAAAAGCUUUGUGGAUGGCGAAAUGGACAACUCUGUGGAGCAGUGGAUGACUCUGCAUGAGGUGAAUCCAAUCCAGGCUGCAGGUGAAAACAGGGACCAUCAUCGCCCAGAAAGUACCUUAAAACCCAUGGAAACUGUUGCCGGAAUGGACGCAUGGGGCCUGAGAAACACAUGCACCACCCUCACUUUGAUACAGCCACACAGGAUUCAUGCUCAAGCCCGCACCUACAAGACAAUAGGUGUAAGGGUGGCGGGAGAAGCCAUCCAGAAGCUCCCCACUGCCUGAGUGCACCUCAACUGGGGCUCGGGAGACAACUGGGGCAUAAUGAAGGAGCUGCCAGCCGAAGUGUUAUUGGGGAAUGACUUGGGCUGCCUAACCUCGCAGCACACACCUACCCAGAAGAAACGUACCUAGUGACCACCAGAUCGCAAGCACGCAGGGGGGAGCCACGCACUCCAAGGAACCUCGGGUAGGACCUUAUGUCCCUCCCUCAACCGAAGUCCCCCUAAAAGGCUUUGAGCAAGAGCAGAUGGCUGAUCUCACACUAGAGGGAUAUAGGAAAGAGGCAGCAUCCCCCUAAGGAGACAUACCUCAGGAAAGAUUUGAGUGAGACCAGGGUUUAUUAUACCAUGUAACAGGGGGAACAGGUAGUUGAUAGUACCCCGUAAAUUUAGGGCAGAGCUACUCAAGCUCAUCAAUGACAUUCCCCUACCAGGGCUUCUGGGGGUCCAAGAGACUAAAGACCUGCAAGAUUACUGCAGGACGUGUGACACCUGCCAAAAGAUAGGGAAGAGGAGUGAUCACCCGAAGGUCAAGUUACACCCUUUACCCAUCAUCGAGGAACCCUUUCACCAGGUAGCAGUGGACUUGAUAGGCCCUCAGUAAGCCCAGCACCUCGGGAAAGAACUAUAUCCUCACGGUAGUAGAUUAUACUACUAGGUAGCCUGAGGCUGUAACUCUUUCUAAUAUAGAGGCAGAGACUGUGGCCGAAGCUCUGGUAAUUUUUUUUACUAGGGUUUGUUUCCUUAGGGAGAUUUUUUUCUGAUCAGGGGACUCAAUUUACCGCAACUGUGACCCAACACUUAUGGCAGAGUUGCGGAGUGAAACCCCUGUUCAGCUCUCUCUACCAUCCCCAGAUGAACGGACUCUGUAAACAUUUUAACGGCACACUCAAGCAGAUGCUUAAGAUGUUCGCAGCCUCCUGUCAGCACUGGGAAAGAUUUCUUCCCCAUCUCCUGUUUGCCUACCGUGAAGAACCCCAGACAUCUACAGGGUUCUCCCCCUGCGAACGCCUUUAUGGGAGAAAAGUCCAGGGGCACCUCAAACUCAAACAGGAGCACUGGGAGGGUAACACAGGAGAAAGAGGAAUACCUAAUGUACCCUAUGUUCUGGAGUUGACUGACCACUUGCAGAUGCUCACUGACUCUGUCCGGGAGAAUCUGCAGGUGGCCCAGCAGCACCAGAAGAGGUGGUACGACAGGGACACCCGAGAUUGGGUCCUAGAAAUAGGACAGAAGGUAUUGGCUCUGAAGCCGUCUAAGAAAGACAAGCAUCAGGCCGCCUGGCAGGGACCUUUCCGGGUAGUGGAGAGUAUAAGCGACACUACCUACAUAGGAAAAUGAUCGGAUGAAAGGAUACGAAGAUCCUUUCAUGUAAACAUGCUCAAGCCCUACUUUGAGCAGGUGGAGGACGUAACAGCAGUAUGUGCCCCUUCGUUUGAGGAUAGCGAGGGUCUUCUCCUACCUGACUUGUUCACCCGGGAAGAUAGCAAAAGGCGAAAAAUUUAACUCUUUAGAGAAGAUUGAGGCCUGUCAGCUGCUCUAGGGACACAGGGAAAUGUUUUCCGCCUUGUCAGGGUACACCUCCCCUGCGGUCCACCAAGAGAAACCCCGCUACGGCAACAACCAUACCGUAUCCCUGAAGCCAUUAGAGAGAAUAUGCUGUCUGAGAUUCAGGAGAUGUUAAAGGUAGGAGUUAUCGAGCCCUCUCAGAGUCCUUGGGCUUCUCCUGUAGUGCUGGCACCCAAGCGAGACGGCACAAGUCUCUUCUGUAUUGACUACUGGAAGCUUAACGACAGGACCGUAACCGACGCCUACCCCAUGCCCAGGAUAGACGAAUUACUAGAUCGUAUGGCUGGGGGAAUUACUUGACUACCCUAGAUUUGUGCAAAGGCUACUGGCAAAUCCCCCUGGAGCCAGAGGCCAUUCCUAAAUCGGCAUUCGUUACCCCAUUUCGGCUAUACCAGUUUAAGGUUGCCUUUUGGGAUGAAGAAUGCCCUGGCUACCUUUCAGAGGAUGAUUGAUAGGCUCCUAGAGGGAUUUCAGGACUUCGCAUGUGUGUACGUGGAUAAUAUUGCCAUCUACAGCCACACAUGGGAAUAUCAUCUGGAACACCGAUCUAGGGUACUCAAGCAAAUUCAGGCAGCAGGGCUCAGUCUGAAUCCUGAUAAGUGCCAUGUCGGUAUGGCCGAGGUACAGUAUCUCGGCCAUAGGGUGGGUUCAGGCAAACAGCGAUCCGAACCUGCCAAGGUGGAGGCUAUUGCCAACUAGCCACAACCCCGUACCAAGACCCCAGGUACUAGCAUUCCUACUACUACCUCAAUUUUGUCCCCAAGUACAGUGCCCUGGCCAAACCCCUCACGACCUGACCAAAAAGUCCCUUCCCAGACAGGUAGCAUGGUCCCACGGAGUGCGCGGCAGCUUUCCAAAAACUCAAAAUGGUGCUGAGCGAGGCACAUGGUUGGCACCCCAAACCAUGCUAAAAAGUUUCUUGUCCACACAGAUGCCUCCAUGUUUGGGCUGGGAGCCAUGUUGAGUCAAGUGGGGGACGACUGGAUGGACCAUAUCUCAGCCGGAAUCUAUUACCUAGAGAGGUCAGCUAUGCCACCGUGGAGAAGGAAUGCCUGGCUCUCAUGUGGGCAUUAAAGAAGUUGCAACCAUACCUCUACGGUCAUCCCUUUACUUUAAUGACAGACCAUAACCCCCUCAUCUGGUUAAACACAGUCGCUGGAGACAAUCCCCGUUUGUUACGCUGGAGCCUGGCCCUGCAACUCUACAAUUUCACCAUGCAGUACAGGCUAGGCAAACAGAACGGCAAUGCUUAUGGUUUAUCCCGGCAAAUCUAGGCGGUUAUGCCGACCCAUGGAACUAAAGGGGAACAAUGUAAAUAAACCACACACUUAGUUCGUUAACUUUGAUUUUUCUUGUUCGGUAGAUAAAAUUACCAAAAACCAACCACCCCCCUGGCUCAUUAACUACAAAGAAAAAACACAGAUUAAAUGCUCUCCCUGUGUGGCAGCCGUUUGUAUGGACGGACGACACGUGUUGGAGAAAAGGGCGGCUAUCUUGUUCGCACGAAAAGAGGCAGCAGACUUGGUCGUCGAGUGUCUGGAGCUAAAAUCAGACACAGGACUUCCUGACCAGCCAGGAGAGCGCUAUUCGGUAGUUUUGUUCCGACUAAUUAAGGGAACAAACUCUACCCAUGAGCCAGGGGAACAGUUUGUGAAUUUGUUCGGUUUUUAGACUUCCCAAAAUGGACUGACCGCUACCUCUAAAACCAUGGAACUGUUUUGGGCUUAGGAUUUUGUGUGCGGUCGGUCAAAUUAUGACCUCCAUGGAAAUCCCGAACCCCUGAACUGACUUGGGUGAUGUUUAGAUAUGUUGGUCCCCAAGAUCGGGGCUAUCAGGGGAUAUAACUUGUGAGGUUUCCAUGGAUUUUAAGGUACUUUCUGGGUUUUUGUUGAAAUUUAUGUUUUUUUGGUGCCUGGAGAUAAUUGAGUUUAGUACAAUCCUUGACUCAAUUAUCUUCCAAGCACAGGGGAAGGGUUAUCCUAUUUUAUGUGGGAUUGUCCUUGUCAAAAGUGAAAAGCUGUAAGCGAAACAUGUCAAGUGGAGAUUAAGGAUUGCCUACAAGGACUGGUUUUAUUUAUAGUUCUUUUUACUAUAUAGUUCACUUUUAAAUAGUUUUAUUAAUUCUGUUUAUUAAUAAAGAUUCUGUUUUAAUACCCAGUCACUCUUGAGCUCCUUAUCCUCUCACCAUCACUCUGCUGUUCCUGAUCUACAUAUAUCCCCACCUAAAGCUCCAUACACUAGAGCAGGUCAUUGCUCUAGCAAAUGUAAGUAGGUCAAAUAUUAUUUACUUUUCCUACUUUUACAUACGUACUGUACCAUUGGUAUACAUCCUUAUUUUUUUCAUAUGAUGAACCGCACUACCUUGGGAAUCUGAUACCAGCAAAAAGAAAUCCUUAGACGGGGAUUAUUCCGUCCAGACUCCUAAAAUAGAGCUUUUUAAGCUCUGGAAAACGUGAGUGCCCCUUUGGAAUAUAUCUUUAUCACCAUAUUAUUCAUAACAUACUGCACUAUCAUUGUACUUUCUUUUUUCUUUUUUUUAAGAGUAAGACACAUAAUUGCAAAAUAUGCUGCUACUUGUGUAUGUAUGAUUUUAUUAUAAUAAUUCUUAGCGCUGUCCUCCUAAUUUACUAGCUUCUUUUGAGUACCUAGAAAAAGUCUUAGAUCUUUGAGUUCAGCUCAUGAAAAAUGGGGGCAAAAACAAAAGUGUUGCUUUUAUAAUUUUGUUCAGUGUAUAUAUUUAGAAAACAUUACACGAAAAGUGCUGGUCAAGAAAUUUGCUGAUAUACCUUUAAACUUUUUUACAUUGUGAGUAGAUUCAUGGUAGGGUUUCUAUGGUAUGUUUUGCUGUUCAUUUUUAGUAUCUGCCUUUUUGUAUGAUAAACGCAUAUCAGACUGAUCGUUUCUUUAUCUUUCACUUUUGGUAAAUAAAUCAGUUGGAUUAAAGUUUAAUCAAUUUCUACUGAAAAUGCGUAACAUGACAUAAGGACAUGACUCACACAGGCCUCUUUAUUGGUAACAAAACAAAACACUUUUCAUGCUUGAGUUUUCACAAAACACACAAAGCUUUGUGUGUAAGCCCUACCUGUCUACAUAGGCACUGUAAUAGAGCACACAUUGAGACAGAAAAAACAUACAUGGAAUCUAAGCCUGCUUAUAAUGUUUUUAAAUGCAAACACAGGGCCAGGCAGAUGGCUCUGUUUCCUGAAAUCCUCAAAUUAAAGGAACACUGUAAGCAGGGCUGGUGCAAGCAUUUUUGCCGCACUACGAAAAAAUAUUUUGACGCCCCAUUCGCUCCACCCACUAAUAAAAACAUAGAAUGUGAUGGCAUAUAAGAACAAUUCGGCCCAUCUAGUCAAUAGCUAGGAUAGCCUUAUGCCUGUCCUACGCAUGCUUAAACUCCUUCACUGUGUGUCACAUAUCCAUCUGACACUUUUCCCUCACCUGGUGCUCAGCGGCCGGAAGCUUGCAGUCCUGACUAUCUCAGCAUACAAUCUGGCACCGGCCGUUGCACAUCCACGGGCCGAAAUAACCGCACGUGAACGCGCGCGUGCACCGGACACGCACAUUUUUGAGCCAAAAUACCGGGCUGACCAAUGGGAAAGGGAGGAUGGAUAUAAAAAUCUAGUUUGACCUCCACUCAGUGCCCUGUCGUGGUUUCCCUUGUGGUUGUUAGAGAGUUUUAUAGUUUUCUACUGGUUUUUGACUUUGGCUUUGCUUAUUGACUUCUCUGUAUUCUGGUAUCCUGACUCCUGGCUUUCCUCAUCGUUACGUCCCUUUCUGUGUUCCCUGACCUUGGCUAGUAUUUUGACUAUUCUAUGUACGUUAAAUCCGGCCAUUCUAAGGACCGGUAAUAUGUUACUUAUUUGUCAUUCAGGCUAUACAGUUCUACGUGCUGGAUCAUACAGUAAUCCUGAUACUGUGUUAACCUCUACCACUUCAGCUGGCAGGCUAUUCCAUGCAUCCACAACCCUCUCAGUAAAGUAAUACUUCCUGAUAUUUUUAAACAUUUGCCCCUCUAAUUCAAGACUAUGUCCUCUUGUGGUAGUUUUUAUUCUUUUAAAUAUAGUCCCCUCCUUUACUGUGUUGAUUCCCUUUAUGUACAGACACACACACUGACCCAUGCAGACACACACUGACCCAUACAGACAAAUACACUGACCCAUACAGACAUACACUGAGCCAUACAGACACACACACUGACCCAUACAGGCACACACUGAGCCAAUCAGACACACACUGACCCAUACAGACACACACUGAGCCAUACAGACACACACUGACCCAUGCAGACGCACACUGAGCCAUACAGAUACACACUGACUAAAGCAGAGAUACUGACUACAGCAGACUAACACACAUUCCCUGACACAAGUCUUACCUUCAUUGCAGUUCCUGUGUCCAUCUUUCCUCUGCCUGUCUGCUUUCACUUCCUGUAACAACCCUGCCGCUGCUGUGCUCCCGCCCACUUGUCAUCACUUACAGGGCAAGGGGUGGGAGCGGGCAUUUGAAGCGCCCUCGUGCAGUUGAUGACUGGGAGGGGGGCCUGGCUGAGCGGACUGAGGUGGAUGCCACCGGACCAGUGUUUUACUGGGCGCUAGUUAACAGCAAUCUAAGCGCUCCCUAGUGUUCGGUAGCAUGGCCGGCACGCUCUGAUUAAUUAAUAAAUAAUCCCACCUAGGGCAUUGCUUUACGCCUACUUGGCCUAUAGGAAGCGCCCUGACUGUAAGCACUGAAUCUGCCUCAUCUCAUCAAACUGGUUGUAGUGUCUCGAGUACCCAGGUACCAUCAUUUCAUUCAGCAUAAAAAAGUUUUUAAUGUUUUUACGUUUUAAUGCUAAAUGAGAGUCCCCCAGAAGCCUCUCUGUUGCUUUGCCUAGUGAGUAAGCUUGAGAAGCAACGGGCAGCUGUGUGGGGCUGAGCGUGUCAGCUGAUUGCAUUAAGCCUUUCAGAGCUCCAACUACAAGGAAGUGUGUAAUCUCUACACACCCUGAAGGGGCUGGACUGAGGGAGACCAGGGACCCUUAUUUAUCAUUAAACGACCCUAAACUGUUUUAACUCUGAAUGGAGGGACAGUGCCAGGGAACUAUUUCAGAGAGAUGACAUAGUUAUUGUGACCACAUUAUCCCUUUAAAGAUGCCAUAAUAUAUCCUAUUUUGUUUCUUGUAGAACACAUAAAGAAAAUACAAACGUGUAUACAUGACCCUAUAUUGUUAAAACACUUUUCAGGUGUAGCCGGCCCCUCCUUGCCCCCCUUAAAUAGCUCUAAAAUGUACCUUUAUUCCAGCUUUGCCCUGUUGCACCAGCGCUGUCUGCACCAAUGCACGCCUUUUUGGCUAACCUAUGGGAAAGCAUUGCAUUGGCUGAGAUUGUCAAUUCUGAUGAUCUCAGCCCAGGAGGCAGGUCUGUGAUGGAGCCAAAUGCUGCACUGGCCAAUCAACAUCUCCCUAUAGAGAUGCACUGAAUCAAUGCAUCUCUAUGAGGAGUGUUCAGUGUCUCAAUGCAUAGUGUGGAGACGCUGAACAUCAAUGCUGUACAUUGGGCAGCACUGACCCAGGAAGCACCUCUAGUGGCCAUCUGAGUGACUGCCACUAGAGGUGUCCCUAUGCAGCAAUGUAAACACUGCCUUUUUUUCUGAAAAGACAGUGUUUACAUGAAAAUGCCUGCAGUGACUGACUAUAUUCACCAGAACAACUACAUUAACAGUAUAGUGUUCCUUUAACAAUGAACAACCAGCAUUCACUUUUUCAAAAUAUCCACUAAGUAUGUGAUAACCUUGGACCGCUGAUCAGUUUCACCAUUGUACAGGUUUGUUACUAAAAGUUAUCAUCUGAAGCUAUCAUCUGAAGGCAACUUGCUGCCCUAUUACUGAAAUGCUACCCCUGUAAUAACACUUGCCGUAAUUUUGAGUUGACAAUUUUCACUGGAUAGUUAAAUCUGUUUUAUUUUUGGCCCAAGCUCACUGUACGUCAAAGCCAGGCAUGACAAAGACCCAAGAAAUGUAGAUCCUAAAAGAUUUCACUGCAUGAAACAAUUUUUUUUAAUUAUUUUAUAUAAUAAGAACUAAAUAACAAAAAUACCAAAAUGUGUACUAGGACAUGAAAUAAGGGUGAGACUUUAACCACGUUCUUAUCUAACACUGCUAAGUAUAAUGCCACUUAUACAGGUUUAUGCUCUAAAGUGUUUUUGUUUAUAUUAUAUAGAUUAAUAUUUUAAUAUGUUGGCAAAAGGAUAUAAGAUUGCAAAAACAAACCUUUAUGAUUAAAGAGAAAAACAAUCUAUGACAUUACACAUUUUACAUUUCCAAAAGCCAAAAACAGAGAAACCAUGACUACAAAUCAAUACACGAUUACAGCAUAAUAACUGUCCGAAUGUCCAAUAAAGAAAUUCAUUUGUAUUCCUUGCUGACCAAGAUUUUCUUUAUUUCUGUAACAGAGCCUCCAAGGGCCACAUGCUCAAUAACCAAAUCUUUCAGAGCUCUGGGAUUUCCAGCAUGAUAGUCUUUAGGGUAUCUUGAGGCAAUGAAUUUCUCAAAAUGAGGUAUCUCUGUUCACCGAAUCUAUUCUGUAGACAACACAGGCAGCUUUAAAGAUACACCAUAAAUCUUGAACAGUAGUCUGUGAGAUAAAUCAAUAUCAUACUUAAAAACAGUGAUUAUGGAUGAGAAAUCAGAAAAUUUUUGUAUAGAUGUUUUUGUGUUAGACAGUGACUGUGGCUUUUUAGAAUUUUAAUUAUCUCUGUAUUUUCUAAAUUUACUUGGAGAAAAAUAUACUUUCAAUUUCUUCAUUUGUAAACGAUGACCCUGGGAUGAAUUGGUAAUUACAUUUUCAAAUAUGGGUCUAACAAAAUGAAAGUUUCUUUAUGUAGCAAUGGCACUCUACAUUAUUAUUAUUAAUAUUUAUAAAGUUCCAGCAAAUUCUGUAGCACGGUACAAUGUGUGGACUAACAGAUAAGUAUUUGUAACCAGACAAUUCAAUGCAAAUGCGUUUGCCACGCAUGAGCAUUAGCGCUCACUUGCCGCAGGCCGUCGGAGGGGAAAAUGUAAGUAAAAUAAAAGGUAAGGGAAAAAGGUAAGUAAAGGAAGGUUUUGUUUACCCUUUAUUUAUGGGGAGGGGGGCGGUAGAGAUUUUUGUAUUCCUGGCACUUAUACCUUUAACCUCUUGUGUGUACUGAGGUAAUAUUAGGGAAUGCAUGCAUAUAGUUGGCAUUGAGUGAGGUAGUACUAGGAUUUGUAGGCACACAAGUACUUCGUGUUUGCUGAGGUUAGUGCAACAUGUGCGGUGGCCUUGGGGCCUAACGGAUGGCCCAUGCACUAAGGGCCACCUGACAGGUAUUAUUGCUAAACAGAGGCCUGAUCAGGCUCUUAAAGGGCCAGCAGUAUUGAUGAUGCCAGGAUGAGCCCAGACACCCCUCCCCCAUCCCACCCAGACAGGUCUCAUCAGGACCCUGGUUGGUUGCCAUGGGCUUUUGGCAGUGUUUAAAGUUUGUGAAGUGCCUGCACCAGCAGACAGCACCCACUUAGACCAGGAUUAGGCCUUGGGAAGCUCAGCCCCAAGCAUAGUUUCACCUAUCACAUCUGCAUAACAAGAUGUUAGCAUCUAAAUUAUGGCUCAAUUCAUUCACAAUCCCAAAUUGCCAACUACAUGCGUACAGUGAGAUAAAACUGUGUGUAGUUUGUAUUUGAAUGGCAAGGAGGAAGUAAAAUGUCAUGUUUUGACGUCAGGCAUAGAAGGGUCAUUCUAAGAACUGCAUCAAUUUUUUGCAAAUUGUUGCACUUACAAUUUUCAAGGAUACAAUGAAUCUAAGUUGUUAUACUGCUUAGCAUGAAUAUUUAAAUGUUACCAUUGAAAUCUUUCUAUCACGGUCAAAAUAUCCAAUAGAAGAGCGAUUGAAGGGCAAUAAUUUUGAAAUUGUUGAAAUUGCUGUAGUAUAAAAAAGAAAAUUCAUGAGUGUUGUAAUCCAUAAACCUUUUAAAGAUCUAUAAUGAAGGAUCUCUCCAUACUACAAGGAUGUCAAUGAAGGACCACAAACGCAACCCAGCUGCUGGUGUUUGAAUGGAUUAACUCAAAAUGACCAAUAAAUGAAGUCACAUACCUGGAUACAAAAUGGAUCACCAAUCACCAUUUCAUCCAAUCCUAUCUAAAAUAGUUUGAUGGAAAAAAAAAAAAGAACUAAGUGCAAUAAAUCAUCUCAUCUCAAAUGUGUUUACGUUGAUCUAAAAAGUGUUGUAUUGCCGUCAGUGCUAGAUAAUGAUAUGUUUGGUUCAAGGCUACAAAUUUAAAGUAAGCUAACAGUAAUCCUCUGCCCAUUCCAAAAAAGUAUUGCAUAGGCACACAAUGGUUUCUAAGGUGAAAUGUAUGUUUCCACAUAUGAAAAUCUGUUUAUGUAAUAACAGUGGGAGCAUUUGUACAAGAAAUAAAAGGGCAUUCCAGUGGAUUAAUCAGACACUUUAGAAUGUAAGCUCGUUUGUGAGGGGCCCUCAACACCCUCUGUUCCUGUGCGUCCACCUCAUCAAUUACGGGUCUGUUAGUCCACCUCUUGUACAGCGCUACAGAAUUUGUUGGCGCUUUAUGAAUAAUAAUAAUUUGAAUGUAGAUAAAUAAAAAUAGGGUUUUAAUACUACUGAAGGGAAAAUAAAUCUACUCUCUGAUUUAUUGUUAAAUAAAUAAUAUUUAUUUAAAUAAAUACUAUCUUGUCUGCCAUUUCUAAUAUUAUGUCUGGACAGUUUUGCAGUUCAGCGACAUAUUUAUGUUCUGUGGAUGUAAGGUUAUAUCCCCCUUUUGUCCUUAAUAUUACAUGGUGAAUCAAAGUCACCCUGUACUGCUUGAAUGAACAUUCCUAUUAUUUCUAUUUUGAAAAUGUAGAAUGGCUUGAAAGAACUGACAAUAGGGGUCUCAAAUUGCUAGGUUUCCAAAGUAUUCUCUAUAAAAGGCUGUCUGUCUUUUCAGCUUUGAUAAGUCUAAAAGAUCUACCAGUUUGAUUAACCCUUGAUAGUCCUAAGGAAUCUUUUAACAUGCUGGAUAUUAAACCUGUAUUUUCUUGUUCUUGUAUAGUAAAGUAUCUGGUUACUAGGAGUUUCCUAGUAAAGCUUUUUUCAAAGUGCUGAAAGAGAUUUAGACCACGUGAUUAGACCAAAAGAGACAAACAAUUCAACGGAAAUAAGAGGCGUCAAGUUACCUUUAUAACCUUUGUAAUGUUAACUGGCUGAAUUCUUUUUAUAGGUCUUUAAAGGGAUACUGAAGUGUCAGGAAUAAAACUAUAGCCACUGAAGGCAGACUUAGAGCUGCUAUGUAAACACUGCUAUGGAACUGCAAUGUUUUACAUUGCAGCACUAAGUGCAAAAGGGAUACAGCACCCAGACCACCUCAGUUAGCUGAAGUGGUCUGGGUGCCUUAAGUGUCCCUUUACUAUUUCAUGCAUAUUAAAGCAAUUUUUAUAAGAUGUUAUUCUUUAAAUAUUUAUCUUAGAGAGAGCACAGAGGAGGUCACUUCUCCAGAUGGAUACUAAAUGUUUUCCCAUCAUCUGAAACAAAUUGGGUGAGGAUAUUGGGGAGACAAUUUUACAGUUCUCUCUAAGUAUUGGGAUAUAUAAAAAAAAAAUGAGAAUGAUCUUGAAGGCAGCUGUGGGCCCAGUAAUUUAAAGGUUAUUACCAGUUCCACCACUCCUCUUUUUAUUUGCUUAUUUCACAACAUAGAAGAAUGAAAUGCUAGUCUCAGACACCUAAAAAGAGAGACUGGAGGGAGGUAUGUCAUGGAACAUCUGUAAUAUGCAAACCUCAAUUAUAGUAGUGCUUUUAAAAAGAACCUCUGGCUAUGCAGUGCAUGUAAUAUUCUGACAUAAAAGUUUCAGAAAUCCAUAUGACGAGUGCUGCUAUGCAGUUUUGGUGGUUUAUUAAUGCGAUUAUUACACAGAGAUUUAACAGACGCUGUGUUAGGUACUAUUUAAACAGUAAUAUGAUUAUAAUAAAUGUGACGAUAGGUUCUCUAAAAUAUAGGGAGAUAAAAAGCAUUUUAGCAUGAUUAUGUUAAGGAGUCAGCCUUUUUAGAACCAAAGUGCACUAAUGGCAUUCACAUAUUUACAAUUUACAUUUUAAUUCCUUUCUUUAAUGGGGUUGUAAAAUAUUGGUGGUAUGAGCAGGUGUACCAUAUAUGAAUAAUGAUUAGCUGCUUUAAACAAGCAAGAAUAAUUAUUGGGUGACCUUUUGCCAUUUGGUCGCCAGCUCUUCAUAGAAUCAAUGGCUUUUUUUUUCUAUCUAUCUAUCUAUCUAUCUAUCUUUUUUUUUUUUUUGCUGCUGCUGCUGCUGUUUUUUUGCUGCACAGUUUGAUUUGUUUAUAAAACCCAGCUGACCCUUGAAAGACAAAUAAGGAGUUUUCAACUAUAGGAAAUUGUAAACUCCCAUCCUUCCUCUUCUUGGUCAUCCUUUCCCUUUCUCAGUCCUGUCCUGUAUGUGACUGUUCAAAAACUCUGCUGUCCUCCAGCCCCCUCUGGUAUUAUUUUCACCUCUAUGACACAUGGUUUUCCCUUGUAUCGGUCCAUCGUGGAAACUUUGCUUUGUGACUUGGAGUGCUUUCACAUGCUGUGGUUCUUUAUAUAAGGGUAAAAAUUAGGAGUGAUAGCCAGAGCUGGGUUAAUAUUCCACUGUAUUUCAGAGAAUAUACCAAUUAAAGCAGCACUGUCACCUCCUACCCCCCCAAAAUAAAAUGAGUAUUUUAUAAAGUUAGAGUCUAAGUGCCAAUCUCACCAUUAACGGCUGCAGGGAAUUCGCUGUGUCUAUGGAGGAUCCUCCAUAGGUCUCAAUGUUGCUGAGCGAGACUACAGCAGUGACAUCAAUCCAAAGAGGACACGCCGGAUCUAGAUGGCCGCAUCCAUGAGGAACACCGGACCACCAGCGAUGUCCUCAGAUGGUGACAGUGCCACUUUAAGACACUUCCCCAAAUCCUUUUUACAUAAAUGUAUGCUUAAUAGGAUGCUCUAAGCAAAAUCAACACAACAGAUUUUGGUGCUAGAACUCUUGUGGGUGCAAUCCCUCCCAUUUCUGUCAAACCAUUUUUAAGUUAGACAGAAACUGUGAAAUCUCCCUGGCACCCAAAGCCCACCCAUCAACGUAGGAAGUCAUAUCUUCCCCAUUGUGCAUUUACAAUAUUUUUAUGGGUGAGUGGAAUUUGACUUUACUAAAUUACUGCUAUCUCUUUUUCUGCUGCCGAAUUGACACAGGUUGCAACGUUAAAGGUGUCUUAAUAAUUAAGUGAAUCAUAUUUAGACUUUCAGAGGUGUUAGCGAUUCUCUUUAUCAUUCUUCUUAUUUGGUCCUUAGUAGUAGUACAUUAUUAAGAGUUUCUGUUAUUUAGUAAAGUCACAGGUUUUGGUGGUUGUGAAAGCAAGGCAUUGACAAAAAAAUAGGCCCAAGGAUUUAAAAGAACAGCAGAAUACUUUCAAACUUUACAAAUUGAGGAUUAAGGCUAAGAGAAUUAGGUUAACUCGUUUGAAGGUUAAAGAAAUUAUUAUUAAAGUUUGGAUUAGGUGGUUUAGAAGAAUUAUGGUUUGGAGAUUUAGGGUUAGUAGAAUUUGUUAGGAGUUUAGGAUUUACAAGAAUUAGGGCAAGGAGAGUUAGGCUUGGGUUAAGAAGAACAAAAAAAAUUAAAUCUGGGCUUACGAGCUCUUGAUCUUGACCCUUUCCCUCACGAUUUCCAUCUGUUCUCAGACUCUAGUGUGGCUGAGUGGCACCAAUCUAUUGAGUGAUAUUCCCUGUCAGAUCUGACAGAUUUUGUAAUCCAAUUCUGGUAUGUGAGUUGUGUUACAUACUGUUAUAUGCACACACAACCUUUGUCCUCAAACACAAUUCUCGUGGCAGUGUCACACAACAACAAGGCCUCCAGGGCACACAAGUAUCUCUGGGUAAAUUGGUAAAAUUGAUAAAAAAAUGUAAAGAUGGGAUAUAGCCUGGACAGAGUUGGCAAUGGUAGCAUUGUAUAGCUAAGUUGCAAACAUUGAACAUUAACUGUUAACCUUUCAUAUUCUUAUUUAUCAGCAUUGAUAUUUACGCUAGCAAGUCAAGAAAAGACAAAAAAUUAUUAGAAUAUUUCCUCACAAAUGGGAUAAAAUAAAUCUCAACUAACAGAGCUGAUCAGGGUGUAUGCCGAGGCAAAGAUUGCAGUGAUUUCCAACAUUAUGCUAACAUGUAUCUAGAGGGGUCCUCUGGCUUGUUGGGUUUUCAAUGUCAGUCUUCAGGACCGACCAGUAAAACAGAGAUCACAAACUGCUGCUCUGAUUAAUGUCUUCUAGCAGAAUGUAGCAGUGCAUGGAUGGGAGAGAUACGAAUGAUGAGUGUGGGGAAGCAGAUAACGUCUGAAAGAUGUUUAUUAACACAGUUGUGCUUGCUAUAAAUUCUUCCUUCUCCUCAAUUAUUAAAACAAGCAUUAACAUUGGCUAAUAGUUCAAUCGGCACCUAAGGGUAUUUGUGUGCAUGUACAGUACAUAUACUCAACACAUUCCUGCUGAGAAAUAUUCACUGUAUCAUUACAGAGCAAUUGCAGAGAAUUAUUGCAAAUUACGCUCAACAGGAUUCUGUUAUCACUUUGUCCUGCUUCAUGAUAAAUUGUCCCAUGAGCCUUAUUAGUGUGCCCAUUGUAAAGGGAAUUGGGGUCACACAUAGCUUCAACACUUAAAACACAAAAUGUGUGUUUGAUUGGUUCUCUGUAUAUCUUCUUAAUUAUUUAUCGUGUUUUAAUAAAGUUAAUGCUCUAUUCUCCAGUCAAAAUAUCCAGGCUAGAAUUACAGUCCUCGUUCGAGUAUUUAAGAAUGUUUACACUUGUAGAGCAAGUUGGCAGAGUGGCUUAAUGAAUCAGCCAUCGAUUUAAAAAAACAAAAACUAUGCCCAUUGCAUACCUCCCACAACUAAAGUGCCUCUCUUUGUCCAUUUUAAAUGAUGGAGAGUAUGCCAUUGUUUUACUAUUGCUUGAUUUAGGGGGAGAGACCAUACCAUGUGUGUGCCCUGCACAGUGGAUGACUUGAUCCCACAUUUGGCAACACCAUUGGUCUUUCUAUUGCUUGGGAUAUAUGGAGAUAAUACUGUUAAUGAUACAUGCUAAAGCGAUCUGUAAUAGUAAUCUUACUAAAACAACAUUCCCAGCAUAGAUAGGUGCGUUUAGGGGGUCUAUGAUUUUUUAUUUAUUUUUUUCAAAAAAGUGUGAGGGAUUAAAGGUAAUAUUAAUAAAUCUGGAUCAGAAUUGUACACACGCUAUGGAAUCUGAUGACGCCAUGUAAAUAAUAAAAUAAUAAUAAUAAUAAUCAGAAGGGAGGGAUUUAAUUAAAGAGAAGAAAAGAGCUGGAAAGGCUGUAUAUACAAAAUAUCAUAACUUCAGGAGUACACUAUUCUAAAACAUACCAACCAGAGCCUUAGAAAAGUAUAUUAUGACAACUACAAGGUGCUUUCUUCUACCACAUAGUACCCAAGACCACAAGUAAGUUGUAUCUGUGUCUAUUGAGUCUAAAUGUUGUUAAACCCAUUACUAUGUUAAAGGGACACUCCAGUGCCAGGAAAACAAAUUGUGUUCCUGGCACUGCAGGUCCCCUCUCCCUCCCACCCCCCCAUCCCAUGUUGCUGAAGGGGUGAAAACCCCUUCAGUGACUUACCUGAGACCACCGCCAAUGUCCCUCAGCGGUGGUUUAGGGUUCGCCCACACUCCUCCCACGCCGGCGGGGGAGACCGAUUGCGCAUGCACGGCCGCCGGCGGGAUGAGACCUAACGCGCAUGUGCGGCAAUGCCGCGCACGCGCAUUAUACCUCCCCAUAGGAAAGCAUUGAAAAUGCUUUCAGUGCUUUCCUAUGGGGAUUUUAGCGACGCUGGAGGUCCUCACAUAGCGUGAGGACCUCCAGCGACGCUAUAGCACAGAAAACCUGUUCUAUAGACCAGGAAGUACCCUCUAGUGGCUGUCUGAUAGACAGCCACUAGAGGAGGAGUUAACCAUGCAAUGUAAUUAUUGCAGUUUAUGAAAACUGCAAUAUUUACAGUUGCAGGGUUAAGGGUAGUGGGAGUUGGCACCCAGACCACUCCAAUGGGCAGAAGUGGUCUGGGUGCCUGGAGUGUCCCUUUAAUAAAUACAUUCUAUGGACAUAUAUAUGGUUUGGUGAAGUUUUUCCGACCAUGAUACAGAUUUUCUUCUUGUAUGUUUCCCCAGAAGUACAGAUUGAUUUGCAGUAUGUUUGUUUGAGGAUUUCUGCUGAAGCAUUAUGGUAGUCAAUACAAGCAUUGGCAUUUAGUGACUCAUGGACUGUAACUAAAAAUGGACACACAUCCUAUAUCCAGUUUGUAUUUGUAAAUCCAAGGAUAAACUCUGAGUAAAUACAUGUUAUAUCCUCAAACUUUGUUUUCAGCAUACAGAAAACAACAGAUUCUUUUAGCACUUAGUUACUGGGAAAUGUGAGACAUAUGAUUGACAGGGAGAGAGAAGCUCAUCGUUGACAGAACAAGUAGAAUGCUGAAGUGACAGAUUGUAAGUGUUGCAUGAUUAUUUUAUAUUGUGUAUUUUUCUUCCUCACCAGCUGGUUGUACCUUUGAAGCGCACAGUGACAUUGGUCCCUGUGAGGUGACACAGGGCACACAUGAUGAUUUUGACUGGAGCCUCGUACAGGAUCCUCGCAGAGACACUGACUUACCUCAAGGUGGGUUACAACGCAGGUAGAAGUUUACAUAAAAAUGGUGGUGGGAUAGAGAGAUAUUCCUCUUUCUUUAUGCUCAUACUGUUUUCAUUUUUGUCCACGCUUGUCUUUUCAGUUAGUAAACUUUCUGCUCUUAAAUUACUUAAACGUUCACAUGAUUUGUUACAUUACAAUGAGCAUAUUUUUCUCACAUAUUUUUAGUUUAUUAUCUUUGUUUAUAAUAUCCUACUUGCUCAGCCACACCCACUCUCCUCCAUUCUCUCAUUUGUCUUCCACCUACCCAGGUUCAUAUCUUGUGGUUAAUUCAUCCCAACAUAUCUCAGGAAAACGAGCUCAACUCUUGUUUCAAUCAUUAAGCGAGAAUGACACUCACUGCCUGCAAUUCAGUUACCUCCUCCACAGCAGAGAUGCAAGAGGUCCAGGCACAUUGCGAGCUUAUGUACGUGUAAAUGGGGGUCCUUUGGGCACAGCGGUGUGGGAGGUAUCUGGACCCCGUGGUAGGCAGUGGCACCAGGCAGAGCUGGCUGUGAGCACCUUCUGGCCAAGCGAGUACCAGGUAAGAGACUGCAAAUGCUGCUCUGCUACUAUUGCACUGAGAUAUUAUUGUUUCAGACCCGCAUUAUUUAUACUUCUGUGGCGCUAAAUCUAAAGGCUCUUUCAUAUUGACUCCACAUACUUUAUUUGCUUCAGAACCGCUCUUGCUCUAUGAACAAAUUCAUCACUGAGCCAUUUCACUUCUGAGUGAUAUUGUACCUCUUGGCAAUUUUGGAUCUAUACUGUAAUGUGCUUUUCUACUAUACUAAAUCUGUGCUCUAGUGUGAUUAAUAUCCAGGAGAGAAACUGCGUAAUAAGAAACUCUUGUGGAGAAAUAUAUUGGUCUUUUCUGCAUUGUGUGGAAAAUGUGCCCCGCUGUAUGAGUUUUGUUUUUCUAAGGUCACUAAGCCUAAUACUCUAUACCUUCUACACUAAAGGCUCCUUUACCAAUUUGUGUCUCUUUCUGCUUACCAAUUUCUGCACAGCAGUAAUCAUUUCAGUUACCUACCACCACAAAAAUCGUUUUGAGUAAUUUUGAUGAUUUAUCCAGUGAUUUGCCCAUGUGAUUGCUUCAGAGUGCUACUGUUCUUGUCUUUCUGCAUCUUUACAGUGUACCACUGCACAUCAUUCCAGCUAUGCACAUCAGCAGUAUUCUGUAACUAAUUUAGAACUUAUUGCACACAGCAUUGUAAUGUGUAGUUUUUCCAAUCUCCAUUUACAGGUGUUGUUUGAAGCUGAAGUAUCAGGAACUCCACAGGGAUUCAUCGGAUUAGAUGACAUUCUCCUUUUUAGUUACCCAUGCUGUGAGUGUACCAGGAUGAAACUUUGCCUUAGCUCCUCUGUGCACAUACAGGACAUACAUGGACAUAUGCAGGGCACAGUGGAGUUACACAUGGACAUAUACAGGGCACAGCAAUCUCCUAAUUUUGCUUAAACCAUGAAACCACGACCUUUAUGCAAACACUGCCUGCAAAAAUGACUUUAUCAGUUGUAGUAGAUGUAUGCAAGCACCCACAAAUGUUUUAAUUUUUUUGUGUGUGCGUAUGUAUAUAUAGUUUUGCUCCUUAAGCCCACCCUUUCUUCCCAACCUUUCAACCUGCAGAGUUUUCUUCCUUGUCAACAGUUGAAGUAAAUUCCCAUAAUCACACCUGACAAACACUGUAAAAGAAAAUUUACAGAGUUUAAUUUGUGCCAAAGGCAGAUGGAGUCUCUUGCAUUCAUUUGGCUGUUUGGUGUGUUACUCCAAGGAUACCCACAAACGUUAAUACAUACGUACAUACUGUGACGGAGCUCAGCACUUUUUCCUUCAAGGUUCCCUCUCUUUCAGCACUGGAUACCUAGAGUGAUUAUAGCCAUUAAAGCAUUCCCAUCCAAACACUAGUCAAGACUUAGUGAAGGGUUAAUAAGAACUGGUUUAUUGAGAACAAGGCACACUUUUUUACACACGAUAUCAACAGGGCGUCCAUGGCUUGGGCAAUGUAAACCCUGGAUAGCUUUCUCCAUCUGCCUCCUUUGGUCGAAAGGAUGCUCUUGCUGCACUCACGUUAUUGAUUCGCCACUUGGUGGCUUGUAAUGAGGGUGCUCUUCAGGGCUGUGCAUGGUGAAGUACAAGGGGGAAACCAGAGAGUGUGACUUUAGCUUUUAAGUGAGAAAUUGUGGUGAAUGCCUCUGCAUAGUGGCAGUACUGCGGUUCUGUUGCACACAUACAUACAUACAUAAACAUGUUGCUCUAAGCUAGUUAAAGCUGAGUCCUCAUUAACCUCAUGUUCCUGUCAAUAUUUGUGACAGUUUGUCUGAUCUGCUGUUAAAUCCCCUUUUUAAAAGAGCUGUAGAAUUAGCUGUUAUUUAAAAGAUUGAAAGUAAAGAAGAAUGAGAAACUAACUAUAUUCCAACGUUCUGUCCUUUCCCUAAUCACAGCUCAGGCUCCCCACUUUUCCCGCCUUGGGGAGGUAGAAGUGAAUGCUGGGCAGAAUGCCACCUUCCAGUGUCCUGCUGCAGGAAGGGCAAAUGAGGGGGAAAGCUUCGUAUUGCAGGUAAAGAACCAAAUCAUGGGAGUUCUGAACUCACUCUCAUAUGAAUUGUGGGUGAAACCGAAAGCUGUGAAUGUGGGAUAUAGGGCCAGUCGUGUUGCAGGAUUAUUUUAUCAGUGACAUCAGACUCUGCAUGAUUACUUAAUUGCAUGUCUUGCAUUGAAAGCAGUAAUCUUAUCUGUUAUGUGCAAGAAAAGAAAAUACUAGUAGGAGGUAGUGUUAUACUUCUGCGACAGCUUCCUAGGAAAAUGAGUGUGCGAAGAGAUUUUGUUUGCACAACCUUAAGUGAAUAACCUAUUCUAGAUUGAUGGAUAAAUUGUGGAGGAAUUUGUGUUCAUGUUCUGAUGAUGAUACAUAUUAGCAAUGUGGAGAUAUAGAGUGCUGUAUGUAUCUAUGACAAUAGUCUUAACCUUUGUUAGGUUUGCUGAUUGUUUUAUGUGCUUUCUGGUUCUCAGAGGCAGACUGGGGGCAUCACUUCCUCUGGAAUAAUCCAGCAUACAAGCCACUGGCGGCUCAUGGCCUCUUUCCAACUGUUAGAGGCAUCACAGGAGGAUCAAGACUUAUACCGUUGUGUAAGCUCCUCCAUCCAUGGCGCAGGUGUUUCCAAUUUUGCAGAGCUUGUGGUGAAAGGUGAGAAAGUAUAUGGAUCCUUUUAAUAUACCCUGAUUGUGAUUUGGGUUGGUUCUGUAUAUUAUUACCCAGAAAUCAUCUUAACAGACAUGUCAUAGCUUGCUGUAUUUUAAAUUAUUUCACUGUCUGCUUGUCCUGUCCCACAGAGAACUGCAUCCCAUUAUCAGUCACUGCACACAAACUUAAAUCACUGUGACUAGUUUUUAACAACAUCAUGCAUGCAUUUGCUGUAAUGUAUCUUGUUGCAUGACUUUGAAUGAAUAUUCCUCCUCACCUCAUAGAGCCCCCAACCCCAAUUGCUCCACCUCAACUUCUUCGGGCUGGACCCACCUAUCUAAUCGUACAGCUCAACACUCGUUCCAUUACUGGGGAUGGGCCAAUCGUACGCAGGGAGAUCGAGUACCGUGUGACUGGGGGUUCAUGGCGCGAGCGGCAUGCAGUCACUGCACAUACGUACAAGCUGUGGCAUCUGGAUCCUGACUCACAAUAUCACGUGUCUGUGUUACUCACACGCCCUGGGGCAGGGGGCACAGGAAAGCCAGGUCCGGCUCUGGUCAGCAGAACCAAGUGCGCAGGUAGGAGGUCACUAACUUUGCUAGGGAGUAUUUAAUCCCAUUGAAAAAGUCAGAGCAAGAAAACAAAGAGGUAAGGAUAGAAAACAGCGUAAUGCAAUGCGGAUUAACUGCAUGCAUUUACAUAGAAUAUCCAGUACUUCCAAAUUAUACACUGACUGUACAAUUCUUUAAGAGUUGGUUACUAGAGAUUUGUGAAUUAUGAAUGUAUUGCUCAACCAAUCAAGCACAGUAGCUCUAAUUGGUUUAUAUCUGACUCCUCUUUCGUCUGCUGUCCUUCCAGAACCCAUGCGUGCACCUAAGGGACUGUCUUGCACAGCAGAGCAACCACGUCAGAUGACACUUCACUGGGAACCAGUGGGCUUCAAUAUCACUCGUUGUCACACCUUCUCAAUGACAUUGUGUUACCACUAUGAUUCAAGCACACUGCAGGAUUGUGUGACAGCAGAGGGAGGGGUAAACCAUUAUACGUUGCGUGGGCUGCCCCCACACCGUGCCAUUCACUGUCGCCUGGUGGUCACCAAUCCUGAGGGCAGGAAAGAGGGCAAGGAGGUGAUCUGCCAUACACAAGAAGAUGGUGAGUACACAUGUCUAGUUCUCUUCUAGUUCAAUCACAGAACUCUGAUUCUCUGACACACUUUCUCAUUCAUGCAUGUAUACAAGUCUCUUAAUUAUAAAACAAGAUGAAUCUGAUAAACUUCUUUAUAGCCCCUAUAUAUGUUCCUUUCUAUUGAUUUCAGUCCCUGGGGGAAUUGCCUCUGAGUCCAUGGUCCUCACACCUACGGAUGAUGCAGUCUUACUAGCUUGGGACGAACCUUUAGAGCCUAAUGGGGUCCUUACACAGUAUGAGGUAUGUGAAUGUUCAUUUUAUACUUGUAAAAGUAGAUAUAAGCUGAACAACAAAAUGAGUUGCAUUCAUGAUGCAUUUAACUCAUAUGUUAUUGAAUGCAUGGAAACAUGGUUUAAACUUACCCAUCUCCUGCUAAACAUACAAAAUACUAAACAAUACAUAAGCUGCAAGUGAUGUACAGUGAUUUUACAUGAUUGCUGUGUGUACAGAUGUACAAAUAUGCAACCUCUCAAACUGUGCCUCUCUACACAAACUCAAAAUGAAUGGUAGAGAUCACAUUUGUAGUGAUUGGUGUAAAAAGCAUAGUAGUGCAAUUUAAGAUGAAAAACAAGUUAUUUUCUCUCUUCAUUUUCCCACUUUUACAGCAAUCAUUUACUCCUAGUAGUACCACAUAUAUGUAAGAGUUUAUUGAGUAUAUUUUAUACUUAUACUUAUAAAUGUUUUAUAGGUAUUCUAUAUGGCACAAUAACAGGGUAUUUAGCACAACACUAUGUUGCCCUAUUGUUUAUACAUUUAUUCCCUAAUUGUAGCCUGAUAGCUGACCCAUAACUAUAUCUGUUCACUGUCUCUAUGUUGUUUAUAGGGAGUAAUUAUGCAGGCUUUCUUUAUUUUCUUUCUUUAUAGAUUAGUUACCAGAUUAUUGAAUCCUCAGACCCUGGAGUAAGUGUGCCUGGCCCACGUGGUACCAUCUGCAAACUACCCAAUGAAACAUCUCAUCUCCUCACAAAUCUCCACCCAGGAACCACUUACUUACUGAGUGUGAGGGCACGAAACAGUAAGGGCUAUGGGCAGAGUGCUCUCACUGAGCUUACCACAAACAUCUCAGGUAACUACUGCAUGCUGUAUUUGCUUGGUGCUUUUCCACAAGAAUUUUUAACAAUGAACUUUCUAGAACAGAGGUGUCCAAACUAAGGCCAAACAUGGUUCUCAGCCCUGCUAAAUCAGUCACAAACAUCCCCUUCUUUGUGUCAUUGAAUCCUAGCUCUGAAACCAAAGCUUGUUAAUUUGUGAUAUGCAGUUUGUGAAUCUUAAGUCUGGUUACCACAGUAAACUGUUUACGCUCCAUCUUAUAGGCCAAUUUGAGUGAACAUUUUUUUUUUCUAAAACAAACACCUACCAUGCAUAUCUAAUGUGAGAUAAAGAGUGAGACAGAUGUUCAGCCCUGACCUAAAACUGAUUUGACCUCCUUACUACCUACAGCUUUAACUCUGUAUAAGACUUUAUGGCACAUUUUUUGUAUCAUCUUUGCUUUAGCUAAGCUGUUUUGUACAAUUAAACGCAUUGUAAGUUGAGAAAUGUACUCUUACUUCAGAAAACAAUAGUCACGCUUCUUACAUUAUUGCCUACACAAAAGAGUAUCUUUUUAUGUUUUACUGCAGAUUUCUGAAGUGCAUAUAUUUAUAUAUUAGUAUACAAUAUACAUCUUUGGUAAACAGAACUUUGAAACUUUUAUCUCAUGCUAGUGCUUCACAAAUAACAUUUUGCUAAACCAAAGAGAUAAAGAGGUACAGGAUUGACCCCACCAAUACUAUUAUAUGGAAAGGAAGCAUGUAAAAAUCAAAGUGGUUUCUGAACAAUCUAUUAGGGCACAAUUUUACUAGAAGAAAUACAAUUGAUGUAAACCUAUUUUAUAUUUCCCCCUCAAUUUUACACUAACUUCUCUACAACUGAGCAGACUUUAUAUGUAUGAAGUAUGCCCCAUAUUACAAACAUUUGUAUGUGAAACAGAGUGUUUUCAUGGAAAAUUUCUCAUACCAUCGAAAUGUCCAGUAAAUAAAAAAAAUAAAUAAAAGUAAAAAUAAAGAGUAGUGCCAUUUGUAGAACUUGCCAAUUAAUUGGUUGAGCUAGCAUAAUGAUGGGAAUUGAAUUAUUCCCACUGGGUUUGGGUUUUUUGUCUGUAGAUCAGUCCUCUUUUUGAAGAGAUGGCAAUAUCAAGAAACUAUGGAUAAUUCUACAAUUUGCCUCUCUUCACUAAUAACUAAUAACAAAAAAAGGUGCUCACAUACCCGUCAUAUUAUCUGGGCUUAUACUCUUCCCCAUGCACACAGUCUGCAACUCUGCUUUUCUACCAUUGCAGAUGUCUCAGAGAAAAGCACACAUAAAUUCUCAAUACCGACAUACCAAAACUUACAUUUAAAAUUAAGCUUUUAUUCCAAGUUAGAAAGAUAUUUCCAAUAGCCAUUGAAAUAAUAACACACUGUAAAUUUUUCUUAAAAAUAUAUUUAAAUGCCCAACCAAAUAUACUACUGAAUUAAUAUGACGGGAUCGUGCUAGUAGUCCAUUUAUACACACCAUUGUUGGCCAACAGGAAUGUAGUUAAGUGAAUAAGUGAUUGGGCAGCCAUUGCAAACCGUUUGCCAUUAUCCCUACAAUAAUAGAGACCAACCUACCAAUGAAUCCUUACUAACCCUGCUGUGGUUAAAUGAGCACAACUACUAUUUAGAAUUAUAGAUUACACUGGCUCCUGUGCUGAAAUUAGUUUUUGGUUUUUUUUCUGAACAUUGGAAAAACAUCAUUCUGUUUACUAGACUUAAAAAUACUCUUAGAAUACAAGCAAAAUCGAAACAUCUACUUCCAUAUUCCACUAGUACCCUCACCACAGUUAUGUUACAAGGCAUUGCAAAAAAAGGGACCUGCAUCUCAUUGGGGUUUGAAUUUAAUUCAUACACACACAAAUUAUUGCAUUUUCUCAUUACUAUCAAUGCUGAAAAUAGCCAAUUUUGCCUCGGGAUGUACUGCUGUAACUGUAACUGCGCAUUGCGCUAAAGCUUAUAGGAAAUUGUACACACAUGCCUGUCCUUCAGGCACUAUUCCUUAUAAACAAAAGAUUUCUGCUUUUCUGUGCAGUCUUUACAUUUUAAACAGAAAGGCUAGCAGAUUGUGUUCUUGCACACAUUUUUGUAGUGAAGAAUUAAAGCUUUUGCUUAGGUAUGGGUUAGGCAGGCGUAAAAGGUUGUUGUUUUGGGCCUACUUAACUCCCUGGAGUGUAUUUAUUCAAAGAUGGGUGAUAAAUUACACUAAGUUUUCUUCUAUUCAUUUUCUUUUUUGGCUAUUAGAAAAUGCAUAAGUGGAGCUUUAUUAGUCCAAUUAGCACCUAUGGAGACAUCUUUUCAAAGUAAUGGAAAUUCAUACCCUGAGGCACUUUGGGUUUGGGUAACCGUUUAUAGGUGUUUUUGUUAGCUGUUUAGCAGUGUUUGUCCUUGAAGGGACAAAAUGUUUAACAAUACUCAUAAUUAAAGGCUUUUUAAGUAGGGUAGAUAAGUGUAAUUGUGUAGCUGAAUGUGUUUUGUCUGCGUGUGUUAUGCAGUCUCAUUGCUUACUAAUCCUAUGAAAUGAAUCUGAUCACUAUCAUUAAAAAUAAACAGUUCCUUCUUGGAAUUUUGGGUAGUGCUUCUCCUUGGAAUUUGGUGGCUUUGGUCCCAGUAUUCAGACAUAUAUGUAAAUAUUUUCUGGUACUGUUGAAAUAGAUAAAGUGUUAUAAACAAAAACAACUUGUAAAGAGAAUAGCAACCAAAAAGUGUAUCAACGCAGAAAUUAUUCUACAAGUGUCUAGUUUUAAAAAAAAUAGGGACAUAAAACAAAUCUAGUUGAUCCCUUGUGAUUCAUUGCCUGACUUAAAUACUCAAACCUACGUACACACACUUUUCCAUAUAAGAAAAUGCUGACUUUAUUUGUUAAAUGUUGUUAUUUCGAGCAAUAUGUUUAUCUCAAGUGGUAAAUGUCUUAAAGAUGAACUUUUAACAUAAUGUUUACUUAUACCUACAUUUAACACAUACACUUUUUUAAAGUGUGAAAAAAAAAUAUGUAGAAAUAUGAACCUUUUUACCCUGAUACUGGCUCAUCCCCAUCUUAGCUUCAUCUAAUAGUACACUAAUAUUUAAACCACAAUAAGGAGAUGGUCCACAAACCAGGUUAUUCAUUAAAGUUUGAAUUGUCAGGAAGUGAAUUCAAAGUGAAUUUCAAAUUGUUGCAUGAGAAUACAGAGAGUCUUGUGAAGCCACAACAGUAUGUACGAUAGCAAACAUAUUUGACAUAGAUAAACAGAUUUCAAGAUAUUUUACUGUGAGUAAUAUUGCAUUAAGUGGCUUUCCGAUGAUGUAGCACAGUUUUAUAAUGUAAUGAUAAUGUUAAGCGGAAAUAUCCAAGUAGUUAGAGAAAUAAAACAUUCAAACAUAUAAUAACUACUUAUCAUGGUGCAUAGCUAAUAACUGAGUAGUUACACUGGCUACCAAUUGCUUGGGGGAUUGGUAUACAAGGUCAAACAGAAAAAGCAACACGGAUUACUGCCUGCAGGAAGAUAAAGAGCUGUGGCUACAGAUAUGAUAAAAUUAAAGGGCUCAGCCUACUCCUCUCAUAUAGUGAAUGCUACCAUGAUAAAAGUAAUGACACAUGUCCCACUUAUCUGCACCCAACCAGCCACAGGCCCCCAUACAGUCCAGAGCUCUAGCUGCACAAGUGCUUUCUUGGGUGACGAUCAGGAUCUGGUCUCGAGACCUUCUUACAGGUUGCUGUCGGACACGAUGCAUGGUGAUCUUCCAAGGGGGUGAGACAUACAUAGUGCUCUGUCUCUGUCUGGACCGUGGCCCAGGUAGGCGGUGGUCCACAGCAGAGCAGAGCCUUCGGCGCCUGAGUGUCAUCCUCCGUUUCUCAAGUGUCGGUGUUGCUUUAAAGCUUUGCACGGUGUUUUGCAGCUUGGUAUUAUAACUUAAAUGGUCAGGCUGGAUGUCAGGUUCUGCUCUAGCUCUCCGAGCACGGUGCUGAAUCCUGUGCCAGAACUGCACCCAAAUUCUUUCAAAGGCCCGAGAGAGCAGCUGUUCUUGUGAGGUUCACAGCAUGGAAACCUGCUGGGCAGUAGGCUUUUUAUUGGCAGCCAUCUUAGAUCACCGUUAGCGGGUCAGCUCCGCACAAACUUUAGCAGAUGUGAGUGGGUUGGAGCCCCAGCGGGACUGGGAUAACCCCCACCAGUCCACUGGGGGUAGGGGGGAGGUGUAGGAGAGUGAUAAGUCCGCUCUGCAGAUUUUGUGUUCCCGGUAGCGGAUUUUGUCUGUCAAAGUGUCCCGUUAGUUGUCGGCUCUCCCUCCAUACUAAUAAUGCAUAGUGGAGUGUUUUCAGGCUUAUGUUCCUGGGGUUUUCGUCGAGUUUUAAUUUAAAAAAGCAGGUGUCCGCUCGGCACAUUUCUUGUUGGCUUGGCGGUCAAGCUUCACCCCCCCGUGAAUUUAAAAUUUGUGGCCAAAACAAGUACAAAUUCAAUUUAAAUUCACUUCCUGACAAUUCAAACUUUAAUGAAUAACCUGGUUUGUAAGCCUUCUACUUAUUGUGGUUUUAAUAUUAGUGUAUUAUUAAAUGUGUGUCAAUGUAAUCUUUCCCUGAUGUAUUGUGUGAGGAUAACAAAAACACAGCUAACUGGAGAAUGAUAUGGUAUUUCAGCUAUUUCAGUCUAAACUUUUACUUUUUAAAUUUGUAUAUAAUUCCCAGAAAUUCACACUUUACUGAAUAGACCUGUUUGCCUGAAAAACACAAUCACUUCUACUUGGAAUGGUGACUUCCUGCUUCUGGGCUCUUAGUAGUGGGAGAUUGCAUAGAUCUUCCAGAAGAAUAAAUCCAGUUCUUUGAACUCACUUACUUGUUUUCUUUUGUUUUUGGGGCUAUACAUUUUCUGUGGUGUUUAUAAUUCAAAAGGUCAGAGGCAUUAAGAUCUGGAAGAUGUUUGACUUGUUGUUUAGCUGUGUAUAGAAGGCUAUCUUACACCAUUUGGGAAUUAUGACAGAGCAAUGUUUGCACAUUGGGUUCGCCUUGUCUUAAAAUGGCCUUUGUUGUGGGCUGUUCUGCAAUCAUUGGCCUAACUGACUCCCAUUUAAUGGCUGCCAUGUUAUUCGCUAUCAUUAUUUUUGUGAUGGUGCCCCUUGACAUGUUAAAGCAUUUUGCAAUUUUUGUUACCGAAGCAUCUGCAAUUAAGCACGUAAAUGCAUAACUUCACCUAAGGCAUCAUGGGGUGGCAAAGUCACUCUGAAACUAGUGCAGUGGAGAUGAAUAUGUUUUUUUUUUCUCACUUACCUCCACAGCACUCAUUAGUCUACUAAACACUUUAAUAGCGUUUACUGGGGUGAGGGAACAAGGAACCAGCAGUUGUCCGGUAAAGAGCAAAUUAUAUUUUGGUAGGUGUGUAUUAUUAUAUUAUUAUGACAUGGUUUGUAUUUUAACCGACCAGUGUCCUGCCUGUUAUUCCUUUCAAUUAGGAAAUACUACAUAUGUUCUUUUGUCACCAGCAUUAGCAAUACACAAUAAUCUUUGAUAGUUAUACUGUGGUCUUUGCACACAUAGAAAAUAGUUUAGGAGCUGAAUUAGAAUGUGGUCGUGAGCUGUGGAAUUAAGCUAGAUAUUUAACGUAUUUUGAAUGUCCUGGAAAGUAAUGUUUAACUGUAGUUUUUGAGUCAGGAGGCAGAAAUAGCACGUUGUUUAAUGAAAAAAAACAAAAACAUUUUGGCUCUAUAGAAAAAUGUAAACAAAAAUAACAAAAAAAUAAUUUACCAAAUAAUGAAUUUAUGGAUAACAAAACCAGUGUUGUAAAUAAACACCUCUAACAUUUCUGAAUAUGUAACAUUGACAUCUUCCUACACAUAUUCUAUAAUCGUAUAUACACUGAUCAGCCACAACAUUAAAACCACUGACAGGUGAAGUGAAAAACAUUGAUUAUAUGGUUACAAUGGGACCUGUCAAGUGGUGGGAUAUAGCAGGCAGCUUGUGUACAGUCAAUUCUUGAAUUUCAUGUGUUGGAAGCAGAAAAAAUGGGCAAGUGACAUUGACAAGGGCCAAAUCAUGAUAGCUAGACGAGCUAGAGGAGCCAGAGCAUCUCCAAAACAGCAAGUUGUUGGGUGUUCCCAGUAUGCAGUGGUUAGUACCUAACAAAAGUGGUGCAAGGAAGAACAACCAGUGAAUUAGUGUCAGGGUCAUGGGCGCCCAAGACACAUUGAUUCACAUGGGGAGCGAAGGCUAAUCUGUCAGUCCGAUCACACAGAAGAGCUACUGCAGCUGGCCAUAAUAGAAAGGUGUCAGAAAACACAGUGCAUCUUAUUUUGCUACAUACGGGGCUGCAUACUGGCCAGAGUGCCCAUGAUGAUCUCUUUCCACAGCACCUUUCAUGGGGAAGUGAGUAUCAGGACUGGACCAUGGAGCAAUGGAAGGAGGUUGCCUGGUCUGAUGAAUCAUGUUUUCUUUUAGAUUAGGUGGAUGGCCACGUGUGUGUGUAUUGUACCUGCGGUGGAGCUGGCAGCAGGAUGCACUAUGGGAAGAAGGCAGGCCGGAGGAGGCAGUGUUAUGCUCUGGGCAAUAUUCUGCUGGGAAAUCUUGGGUUCUGACAUUCAUGUUAAUGUUACUUUGGCGUGUACCACCUACCUAGUGGUUGUUAUAGACUACAUACACUUUUAUGCAAUGGUGUUCCAUAAUGGCAUUGGCCCCUUUCAGCUGGAUAGCGCAUCCUUCCACACUCCACAAAUUGUUCAGGAAUAGUUUGAGAAACAUCACAAAAAGCUCAAGGUGUUUCCUUGGUCUCCGACUGCCCCAGAUCACAAUCUGAUUGAGCAUCCGUGUGAUGUGCUGGUACAACAAAUCUGACCCAUAGAGGUCCCACCUCACAACUUGCAGGACUUGCUGCUAAUGUCUUGGUGCCAACUAUGGUUGCUGACUCCUGCCCUAGACACUUAUACAUACUCUCUACAACCACUAGACACACACACACAAUAUAUGUAUGCAAAAACACACCACACUAUAAGCCCUAUGCACACAUAGUACAUCACAAAAGGGGCAUCAUACUAAUAUACUUGUUUUUGAGGGUCUGCAUGUCAUUACUGAUGACAUAACAUAGCCCCUCUUCUAACCUGCCCCUCCUAUUGGGCAGCAUUGCCAUUAGAUGGUAUAUAUCAUGUUUCAUGCAGCCAUGUUGCCUCUUUGGGCACUUAUACAUACACCCACACACAAAUAUGCAAAUUCUGAUAAAUGCACACAUACACACAACUGAUACAUGAGGGAGCAUCGGAAGUGAUCAUCACUCAGCGGAGGUGUAGACUUGAUGCUCACUUACACUUGCAAGACAGCAGGCAGCUAGUGAAGAGAUUGUUUGAUUCCAUCACCAGCCUGAACAGAUGCAGCGCAACCCACAAAGCUGGCACUCUAAUAGUAGCACCGACUCUGUUUACCACUGGGGCAGACAGCGUUCAUGCACCUGAUCUAUUUCAAAUGCCAGUGGUUGUCGUGUGUGCACAAUCCUGAGUAAUGGGAACAUAUCUUCGGUGUAUAAACAAAUUGCAUAAUGAAGGGGAUAACAAUAAAAAAUAAAAAUGCAAAAUGUAAAAAAUCUUUCAGAAACUAAUCAUGGCGAGCAUUCUGUAAGAGAUUUUCAAAAGGAAAUCAGAAAUCAUAUUUCCAGGACAAAUUAUGAAAGCCUGCAAGGUUUACAGUGCAGAUAAUUUGAGCAAAGACAUGCUAGUGAUGAAACACAUUCUAUAUGAACGUUGGGUGGCUAUUGAGAAAAAGAAACAUUCAGCAUUUUCUAUAGUCCAUCAGGUCUUUUUUUUAUAUGACCUGCCAUUGAUUAUACUGUCUUGUAUACUAUUUUGGUGAAUGAAGUUUGUAUUAAAUGUCUACUUCUCAAUUACUGCAAAUGCUGGCUUGCGUGUGACUGAGGUCAAGAAAGGCCAUGAUGAAUGUAUACCUUUUUAUUCCUCCCUUGUGCACUUAUGAGCCUUUUAUAGCAGCAUGUUCCUGCUGUUCAUACAUACUAUCCAAUGCAUAAAUAUGCCUGUCUGUAAUGAUGCUGUGACAUAAGUGACCUUAUUUAAUUCAAUGUAAAAUCUUAGACUGACCACCGCAACUGAAUUAUUGUUGGACAUUUCAUAGACCUCAUUUCAAAGUCCAAUUGCCAGCAAAUAGAUGAGAGGUCAAGUACUCACUCACAGAUUUUUUUUCCAUUUUAGCACCUGCUUUUGAUUACAGUGACCUUCCUCCCCCACUGGCUGAAACUGACCAUACCAUCACAGUACUUCUGAGGCCAGCUCAGGGCAGGGGAUCCCCUGUCAGGUUAGUUUUGCCCUAUAAAGCUCUUCUUAUUGGGGUAAUAUAACCCUCUACUUAUGUUCCUCGAAAUAAUUCAAGUAUUUUUUUAUUCAUAACAUUCCCCAUUUUAGUUUUUACCAGGUGCUGGUGGAAGGUGAGACUUCCCGUCGUUCUCGACGUGAGCUAGGAAUCCCUGGCUGUUUCCCUGGGGCAUAUGGAUAUGAAGAGGCUGAAACAGAGGGUGCCACUCAAUAUGUUGGGGCGGAAUUGCCACCAAGUGACCUAUCUCAUGACACACCAUUUAUUGUUGGGGACAACCGAAGCUAUGGAGGCUACUGGAAUCCACCCUUAGAUUCCCGUAGAGGCUACCUAAUCUACCUGCAGGCUGCUAGCCACCACCGGGGGGUGAGCGAGAAGAGCUGUAAAGUGAGAAAUGAGCAGAGCAAAGAAAGUAAAAUUUCUGUAGAAGCAAUAGUGUGAUUAGAAUAAAGGGGCAGUGGUAAAACUCAUUUGCUCCCCAUCACUAAAGUUUCUUUAGAGCUAAUGAUUUAUGUAAAUAAUGAUGCAGUCAAACAUUGCCAAUUUGGGCAGAUGUGUUCAGCAAUAAAAUUUACUCUGCUUGUUUUUCUUAUUGGUAUAAUAUGUUUAUUUAAUCAAAAUCUCGUUAUUUGUCCUUUAUAUAUAUAUAUAUAUAUAUAUAUAUAUAUAUAUAUAUAUAUUAUAUAUAAAUAUUUAUAUAUUUAUUUAUUUUCUCUUUUUUUUGCCAUUUUGCCAAUCUGCUGUUUUUUAUAAAAAAAAUAUUCUGUCCUUUGUACAAUACAAUCUCUAAUGGAUGCCUAUAAAUCCAAUGUGCAGGACAUGUUUAUGUUGGACUCUGGGAGCACGUGAUAUUUUUAUUUAGUGCUGUCCAUUCAAGACAUUAAGGGAAAGCAGGUGAAGAAAGUUUGACAUUUAUUACUCUCUCUCCUAUAGGAAACACGUUUGAAUUGUGUUCGAAUUGCCAGGAAAGGUACAUAUAUUAUCCAUUCUAAUUAUGAAUGAAUCUCUACUCAUUAUUUUCUGUUUCUUAUUUUCCACUCUGCAUUUUUUCACAUUACUACCAAUUGUUUAUUUUCUUUUCCUUUUUUUAUACCUUUUUUCCAUUUUGUUAUUUGUCUUCCCUAUUCUACCAACUUUGUCUAUAAUUUACUUGCUAAAUAUUACUUUGUUUUCCAUCCAUACAUUAUUGUGUAGCUUUCUUCCCAUUUUUUUCCCAUUGUCAACCCCCUUGUCCCCUUGUUGGAUUAUUUCCUUUCCCGAGUUUUCCUACUGUUUAGUUACUUGCUCUAAGUACCCUAACUUACUGUCUAUUUAAAAUGUUCUUAUCUUUUCCUCAGCUCCAUGUAAGGACAGCCACCGCUCCUCUGUGGCCCCCCAGCGUUCUGAGGAGAUGGGGCUGGUGCUGGGAAUCUGUGCUGGGGGUCUGGUAGUGUUCAUCGUUCUUCUGGGGGCAGUUAUUAUCGUGGUCCGAAAGGGGUAGGUGGAAGUUUUGCCAAUGCAAAUGGGAAGGAUAAUAACUGGGUACCCAACUACCAAUAAGUAUAUACAGUAUUUGGCACACUCUUCUUAUCUCUUGCUGUCAGGUUCAAUUGUUCUACAAGUUUUGUUAUGGUGUAUUUUCUUCACUUUUCUGCAUGUCAUUGGUUUAUGACUGUCUGUUAUCAACAGUCUCUUGUUGUUAGGAUGUGAUGUUCCAAGUUUCUAAACUGUCAGCUUAUGAUGUGCAUUUUUUUGUUGUCAGGGUAUGAUGUUCUACAAGUUUUUUGUAAGGUUGUUAUAUUCUGCAUUUUUGUUGUCAGGGUGUAAUGUUCUUCAGUUCUUAUGCUUUCCUCCUUUUCUCUCUGGCUGCCAGAAGAACACAGUUCUCUUAUGCUUACUACCCGUAAGUACAUAAGCCCAGCAUAAAUAUAAAUUGAACAGAGCUUGGGGGCAUAGCAUGCUCCACCUCUCCAGGAUGAGUAAGUCAUCAAAGAGCUCUGACCAUUAUGACUUUACUUUCCAAGGCAGACUUUCUUUUCCAAGCCAUAAAAAAACAAAGGGACUAUUAUAUCAGUGAGUUUUGUACUGCAAUGCAGUUUGAAGGACUCAAGAAACUUUGAGUUUGUCCCUUCCCCUUCACAGGUUUAUAGACAGUAAUCAACUCCCAGAAUAUUGAAAAAUCUCAACCCCAUCCUUUUGAUUUCACAGGAAGCCAUUGAGUCUGACUAAGUCAGCGCUACCAACAAGACAUGAGAAGACCAGCGUUGUUGGACCCAGAGAACACGCCAAGAUCACUGAUCAGCCCACUCUGCUUCAGGAGGAAGCAGCUCUUGCAUUCCUUCACAAUUAUAACAACCGAGGUGAGUAUAGGGUUUAUGGAGAACCCUAGUUUAAACAGGGUCAGAAAUAGAUUACUGUUAACUAGUGCUACGAAUAAAUCACUUUUAGCUUGUAAAGGCUAGUGGAUGGUAGCUGGUUCUAUAGGCAUAGGAUCUAACUAUUAAACUCCACAAUAAAUGAAUGAAGCUUUUAAGCAUAUGAGUUUCCUAGAAGUGGUAUGGUUCACAACAUUUAGAAAGGUAUACAUAAGUAUACAUAAAAAAAUCACAAAACAUCCCCCUCUACUAAACCACGGCACCCCCAUCUACUAAAUCCCAGUACCCCCUCUCUACUAAAUCCCAGUCCCCCCUCUACUAAAUCCCAGUCCCCCCAUAUACUAAAUCCCAGUCCUCCCCCUCUACUAAAUCCCAGCACCCCCCUCUAGCCAACAAGCAGACUCCACUCACAUUGCCACUGCCAGUAUGUAACUCCGGAGUCUGGCCUCUGGUAUACCCCAAAUUGCGCCAUCUGCACCCUGUGCCAAAUCUGAUCCUCCCGCUACUUCUUGAAACCCUGUGAAGAUGGAGCACGUCGAUGUCACGUCGGAAUGUGAUGUGGCGUUGCGUGCCUCCAUGCACCUCCAGGUACUCCACUAUCCAGUCGCAGCCAAUGCAACACUGACCAACACACACACUCACGGACAGACACACACAGACACUGACAGAUGCACACUCUCAGACAGACACACACUCACUGACAGACACACUCACUGACACACACAGACAGACACACUCACUGACAGAAACUCACUGACAGAUACACACACACUCACUGACACACACACUCACUGACAGACACAUACAGACAGACACUCACAGACAGACACUCACAGAUAGACACACACUCACUCACUGACAGACACACACACACUCACAGACAGACACAUACACACACACUGACAGACAGACACACACAUUCUUGCACACACAUCAUUUUCUUUAUUGCUCCCUACCUUUGGGAGCCAAUGUGGGGCCUCUCCCUUGGGUCCAGUGGGGAUCUUCUACCUGCUCCUCACUGCUCCGGUUUAGUGAUGCCGGGUGCUGGAAUAUGACGUCAUAUCCCGGCGCCCGGCUUUACUGCAGACGAGGAGCAGGAACACUGAGCUUCCUCGCUGGCUCUCCUCCCCAGCCGGGUAAGUUUUAGCAGAGUAUGCACCUGCAAUGUGGGGAAAGCAGGUGCCUACUCUGCUAUAACACUAAGCAUGUACUCACGGCUCGCCGGGCGGCAAAGAUGUCCAUGACAUGUUGAGUUAUAUGGAUGAUAAACUGGCUUGAGCAUGAAUGCUCAUAUCAAUCUUUCGUUUUACAAUUAAACAAGUUUUGUAAUAGGAAGGAAAUGCUUUACUGUAUUCCAAGUUUACCCCUAGAUUGCAAUAUAAUGGGUACAAUAACUGCAUUCUGUGAACAAAAUGGGCAAAGAAUAUUAAGAUCAAAUUGACCUCCAAAAUGCACGUCAAAGCAACUGGGGACUGAAAAAAGACCACAAUUGCUAUUUGAUCAACAGUCACAUUCCUUCACCGCCCACAACACCUCCCCACACAAUUUGUUUAGUUGACUGGAUGGUUAUAUUCAAGGGUUUAAAUUCACUUUUAUCCAUGACAUGGUCCUACAGCACAUAAUUCCCACUAAUCUCACCUGCAGGUCACAGUCAUGUCACCCACCUAUUUUGGUGUUGGAUGCACUCAGAAGCAUGAUUGAAAUUUCCCUACAUGCAUGUCAGUGUGGAGUCAGUUAUGCAUGUGCCAUGUUCUUAGUACUGAAGUAAUGGCUAGUAAAACACAGACUCUCAAGUGGGUUCAUAGAAGGUCAUCAGUGAUGCAUGUAAAUGUACAAGCUUUUCAAAUCUUUUCAUCACAUAUAUCAUUACAUGACCAAUCCUAUAAAACCUCUAGAGAUGGGCUGUCCUUUGCUCAAUUGUCCUAAUGUCCUUCUUUCUGCAUCCAAGCAAUUCCUAGCAUCUCUUUCCUUGUUCUAAUUUCUUACUUCAAACUUUAUCCUAACUCUCCAUCUUCACCACCCUCAUCUGCUGGCUGCCUUAACGACAGACUGUAUGACCAAGUAUCUUGCUUCCUCCUCGUUUGGACAGUACCUCAGAGGUUUGUACAAUUUUUGGCCUCUAUAAUCCAUGACUGAAUUAUAAAGUGUUGUUCCCCCUCUCUAUGUGACUCUUGAAUCCAGUUUCAGGUUUGACUGGCAUACAUGAAAAAUUGAUUCCACUCAAAGUAGAGUUAAUACAAAGCUAUAAAAAAAUGUAUUCUUAAUUAUUACAAAAAAAUACUUAACAAAAUUAAUGAAAAGAUUAGUAAAGUAUAGUGCCACUAUUACAAGCUCAUGGGGGGAUAAACAACUCUUCCUCAACAACCUCAAUUCGAUUUUACUGUACUUCACUUGUAGUUAGGUGGUCUUAAAUUAUUAUUUUUAUUAAUACAGAUAUUAGACAAUUACACAACACCAUAACUAAAAUAAUAUUUAGUAUACCUCCUUUCAAUGUGAAUAAGGUAAAAAUAUAAAUAAUAAUUAAAGAACAUUCUCUCUUGUACAAAAGCAGAUUUUAAAAGAAUGGAAUGAUAUUGCUAUCUGGGUCACAGUUUCAACCUGAAAAGUUGCAAAGUCAAAUCUCAACUAUUUUAUUAUGGUAUUAAAGUAAAGGACCAUAUUAAAAUAUUUUGCCCUAAUUGUCUACUCAGGUGAACCUAGAGCUGGAUCUGUUACAGAAUCAAGCAGUCUUCUUGGAGGGUCCCCACGGCGAAAUGGAGGCAGAAAAGGUUCUCCCUACCACACAGGACAGUUACACCCAGCAGUAAGAGUGGCAGAUCUGCUUCAACAUAUAAAUCAAAUGAAGGUGGCCGAAGGCUAUGGAUUCAGGCAGGAGUAUGAAGUGAGUCUUGUACUCUUUACUUGAUAAUUCUGAUAUGGUUAUUUCAUGUGCAGGCAUAUUACUCACUAUGUUUUAUUACUUGCUAUGUUUUAUUUAAAGUUCAAAAUGAUUGAUAUUUUUUUUCCUUUGUUGUAUUUUACUAGCUCUGUAAACAGUAUGUGUAUUGACCUUGUAAAAUAUCUUCAUGCGCGUUUUAUAUGUUUAGUUGCCUUUUUUCAUAUUUUGAUGCCUGCCUCAGAUGUUGAUUUACAAAGUUGACCAAAAAGAGAGAAAGAAACCGCGUCCUAAAUCAAAUAUACGUACAUUCAGAGUAUUUUUGGGAUUAUAACAUACUGCACUAUUGGAGUUUCUCUUUAUGUCUUUCACAUUGCCGUACCACUGGAGAUAUCUGCUUCUACAUAUAUCCUUAGACAGGGAUUGUUCCGUCCAUGUGAAUUACGGUAGAGCUCCUGGCUAGCUCUACCAAAUGUGAGUGUAAAUUAUCUCAAUUUACUCAAAUACCUCUCCUAGUUUUUUAACUAUACUGCACCAUUGUGUUUUCUCUCUGUUUUUAUUUUUGAGGAUAUAUGAAAAUUGUUCAAAGAAAAAUACUCUGAAUGCACGUAUAUUUGAUUUAGGGCGCGGUUCCUUUCUCUCUUUUUGGUCGAACUGUUUGUUUACAAGGUUGGGAAUCCUUGUAUUGGUUACUGCUGCCCACUAACUUCUUUCUCUUAAUUGGAGUGAGCACCUACCAUACUCUUUUCUAUAGUUGAUUUACAAAGGACUGAGUUUGAUUGUCCACAAAUAACCUUUAGAGAGUUUUUAUUUUUGGAAUACCAGGAUAUUAUUCAUGGCCCAAACUGCCAGGGUCCGCACAUCUUUAAGCCGUUUGACACUUGUGUUCCUCUUCCAGAGUUUCUUUGACUGGGAUGUGUCUAAGAAGAAGGACAAAGGGAAAGGAAGACAGGAGGCACCACCAAAUUGUAGGUGAUCAAAGAGUGAGAGUCUGGCACUAGUAGUAUGUUUUUCAUUACUGUGCUAUCCUAUCCUUUGUAUAAAUGUCAUAAUAGAAAAGUGUUUGGGUCAUGGCAUUAUAUUAGAAGAACUUCUUUUAAUUUCAGAUGAGCGGCACCGUGUCAGGCUUCACCCUUUGCAAGCAGAUAACAGCACAGAAGAGAUUAAUGCUAACUACAUUGAUGUGAGUAUGCACAAGAAUAAAUAGCCCAUAUAAUUAAUCUGUGUAUUGUAAAUUAACGUACAUUUAAUUAGGAAGGAACAUGCUAUCUAUGGCUCAUAAUGAUGAUGAGUACCUUUACUCCACCAAAGAGCAUAUUGCAUUAUGUUCCUGAAUAUAUCUGCAAGGGUAGUGAAUAUAUUUUAUGAUGAUACUUAGUAUCUACAAGAUUGAUAGUGCAUGUGUUGUAUUGCAUAUUGAAGUGAAGUUUAAUACACAAGCUGAACAUGGAUGUCAUGAUGCUGAGUAUUUACACAAUGACAAUAUACAUUCUUCACUGUAUAAUUGCUGAAUGACUAUAAAUUCCCAAUAUACACACUGUAUUAAAGAGUAAUGCUGAGUGUCUGCUCUUAUAUAAUAAUUAUGUGAUGCACUGCAUUAUGAUACUGGAUAUCUAGACACUGUUAGUGAAAAUGUCAUAUUCUACAUGUUGAUUUCUAUAAUGGUGCUGUAUCUGUGUGCUGGUAAUAAACAUAUAUAACUUUGCUAUUAUACACCAGCUUGAUAUUUUAUGAUGAAUUGUAGGCAGUUGAAGAUAAUGCUUAAUUCUGCCCAGAGUUAUCCAAAUACAUUUUCUAUACUAAGUAAAAUGUUUGGAGUUGUCAGAUCUAUCCUCCAUAUAUAGUUAUUGUAUAGAGACAUCUUUCAAAUGAUUGACUGAUGCAUUGUCUGUGCGGCACCGGGCUGGAUUUUGAGAAGUGUUGCUAGUUCCAUUGAGAUGAUUUUUGGAGAACCAAUGGUAAAAUUGUUCCUAACGUUUUCUUGUGUAAGAAGAAGAUUUGUUGAUAUUUUUUUGCUGACUUUUCACUUGGAGCAUGUCUAUGCAAUCUAAAUCAUUGGGCUAGGGCAGUGAUGGCUAAACGUGGCCACCAUAGAAAUCUGGGAGCUACAUUUUCUGUGUUGAUUGGCUGCCCGGGUAUCGUGGAUUGUGAAGUUUAGAAUGUUCUGGAAUGACGAUUUUAGCCAUCAGUAGAGUAGAGGAUGCAUAGUUUUUGGAGAAUAGUUCAGUCUGAAAGUGGAGACUAGUGAAAAUGCAAAACAACUGCCAGAAUCAAGUAUAGAUUGAAGGAAUGGCGUAAUUCAGCUAAUUCAUGGUGACUUAUUGAUCACAUGGCUAUGAAAACACAGUUUUGAAAAGCCAAUAACAUAACGAUUGGAGACAUUAGACGUCUGUUGAGUAAAAUGAAGAGAGCUGAAAUUGAUAAUCAGUGAAAUAGAUAUAUAAAGUUAUUGGCAUUGCAUGAUACAUGUAAAUGGACAAUUCAUUUAUGUCAUUAUUACAUUAUUGACAUUGAUAAAGAAAUAUGCCUAUAUGUGAUACAUAGUCUUAUGGGAGAUAGUCAUAAGGGAUCUUUAUGUGUAUUGACCUUGUAAAAUAAAAUAUGUGAUGGUAAUAAAAAACAAUGUUAAUAGGAUUGCUAUAAGCCAACACAUAUUGUUGAAGCUAAAGACAUCCAACUUAUAAUACAAGCGGGGAUAAAAUGCUCAAUUAAGCCAAGUUUUAAUGAUGAUAGAUUUUAACGAGCAGUAAAUUGAUUGGCAAUGUGAGACUUGACACACAGCCAACAAAAAAGGGUUUUCUACAUAUUGCAAAACAACUACAUGCAUAUUAUAGAGAUAAAAAAAAAAAAUACAACUAACAAAAAAGCUAAUUGCAAAGGUAGCCUUUGCUAAGUAUGGGGUUUAGAUGCUAGAAUCACCCUUGUUAGAUAUGCCUACAUUAUAAGAAGAUGUUUGAUUAAAACCAUAGAAUUCAUCUGACUUUGUCCUAAGUAUUAAAUUACACAUUGAACAAACAAACCGAGAUUAGAAUCAUCUCAACAUAACAACAUAAUAUAGUUUGUCAUACAUACUAAUGUAUCCCUGAGCUCUAGGUAAGUAAUGCAAACAUGCAGUUUAAACAUAAUGUAAACUAAUUAAAGCAACUGAAGAUACAGAAAGGAAGGAACUUGCUUUUUGUAUUCAGUAGACUGUUGAAAGAUACAUUUUAAGGAAUGCAAUUACAUUUAAUGUUUGUUUUGACGUAGAUCUGUGCAAAUAAAAAAUAUCAAAUAGAUGGCAGACAUAUCAAAUAGGACAUUUCACUAUUAAAGGCUUGGGAGGGUAGGGACAACCAGUAAAUGUUCAUUACACUCCAUAGAAUUAACUGGUGCUUUAUCUAAAGGCAGGUGAAGAAUAGAACCAUCAAAAAAUAUUUUGAUUGACAAUGAACUUUUCAUUAACAAAGAGAACAGCAGAGUGACUAAAGCAUGGCGGCUAAAGACUGCAAACACAAAUUUAGUUUAUCACUUUUAAAUAAAGGGUUUCCUUAUUUGCUCAGGCAUAGGCUAUGUAGCUAACAGUAAGUGGUGACAUUUAAAAUCACCUUAGGAAUUAUAAAUUCAUAACUUGACAUGACAUUCGCAGGGGGGAGCUUUUAAUGGGUUAUUAAAAUGUAGUAUUCAAAAAUACCCAUGGCUUUAGGACCAGCUUUUGUGUGAUUACUGUUGCCAAAGCCAUUUGCUUUCUUAAACAGUCAAAACAUGAAGACAAGGCAAAUGUAGUGGAAACAGAGUGUCUUCUUAGAUUUUGUUAACGCUUUUGAUGCAAAACUACACAGAAUGUUACUGUAAAAAGGAUUAGAUACAGACAAGAUUAUUGGAAUCAGUAUGUAAUGAUCUGACAACCCUAAACUGAAUAGAAAGCAGCUUAAAGAAUAGACUGCAGAGGGUCUAUAUGGGGUACUUUGAAAUUGAACAGUUCAGCCUUGUACUCCCUUCUUUUAAUAUGUUAAUUUUAAACCUUAAAAGAAAUUGUGUUUAUUAACAUAAUAAAAAAAUCGAGGCACAAUGUUCAUUCAACCCAGAUGUAUAUUUAGACAAUGGUAGGAGAGUUCAAGUUAAUAAAUGUCAAAUCUUUUUCUACCUUUCUAAAUGUAAGGUUAUACAUCAAUGAAAAAGAAUAUUUGACUUUCCUUGCUGGCAGAAGGCUACACAGACGUAAUCAGUGUGAUAAAGGAACAAUACUGAAAGCCUAUCAUUCAUCUUUUAUAAAAAAUGGUGUAGAUAGAUAAUGUGUGCGUGUUUUUACCAAUUUAUCAUUUUCCCUUACUGACCUAGGAAACAUCCUGCUAAACCAUCCACAAACUUUAACUCUCUCAAUACCAUGUGUAUGCAAUUUCCAUGUAGUUCAGGUUACUGUUGUAUCUCCUUUCUCCCCAGUUUUAGCCUUUUCUGCCUCUCGAAUUCUUAAUUCUCGUCAUUACCAUUCCACAAUUACUAUACCUAUGGCUCGACAAUACUUCAUUUAUGUCUUAAUUAUACUUCCUCUUUUAUUAUUUCUCAUCUAGCAUCUUAUUUCCCUAUACAUCAUUAUUUAUUCCCACUAAUAAUAAUUAAUUCUUUGUGCCCCCAUUUUUCUCUUCAUUCUACUUACUAUCUUUAUCCUUGCAUAUAUCUCAUCCUACAAUAAUACUUUUUACCCAUAUUACUAUGUGAUCCACCAUAUCAUUACCCCUUUAUUUCCUUAAUGAUAUUACCCUUCUUUUGCCCCGCUUUCAUAUCAUUAUUUUACUUGUCCAAUUCAUUUACAUUUUUAUUCUGGCAUAUGUGUUCCUUCUCAAAUUACUGUUGUGCAUUUGUGCUUGAAUACAGUCCAUUUGGGUUUUGCACAGCUAUCCUUCUACCUGUAAAAAUCCAUUGGUUAUAUAGUAUUACAUUGUUCAUGUAAAUGUGCUUGGCUCAUGCUCAGUGGAUCAGAAUGAUCCUAGACUUUCCACAUUAGAAUGUUGGACAGCAUUGCUUUAUAUCACUAAUCCUACCACUCUCCAUAGUGUUAUUGAGCUCAUCCCUGGUUUUAAUUCUUCAACCCCAACACCAUAUAGAUUUCAUGGUGUAUCUUUAAUAUUACUUGACACCAAUUCAAAAUCUUAUCUCUUUAUCACUCAGUUAUACAUUUCACAUAUUGCAUUUAUGUGUUACCAUUUGUGGUUAUUUAUUUGUCAAUGAAAAUAAAGCACAACUGACUUUAGUGCCACAGAUGCCAACAUCCGUAAUUGAAAGUCAUUUGUGUUGGAUGCUUUUGAAGUUUCAUGAUUGGUUCACAGAUGUUACAAGUACAUACUAUCAAUUGUUCAUCCUUUGCAGCCAAAAGUACUCAAAAUAAAUACAAUUGGAAUCUCACUCUUAGUGGUUGGCAUACAACAUAGGAGGACUAAAACAUAUUAAGUACCCAGUAGUGCUGGCUUGAUUUUAUAUUGCCAGAAGAAUUUGGCAAGUAUGUAAUGUGUAAUUAAUUACUAUAGUAACAAUUGAUUCAUUUUUUUUGUAGCCCUUCUUGUCAGAUCAGGUAUAUUUCUUACAUCCCAUGAUUCUUAUAAUUUAUGUUUUACUGGGCUGGUAAAAAUAAUGGGGAUUUAAAAAAAAAAAAUGAAAUUACAUUUCAUCAUUUAUUUUAUUAUUUAUCGAAUUCACCUCUUCCAAGCAUGCCAAUUAAGUUUUUAAUACUGGCUUUCUUUGGUAAAGCCAUGUUGCAGUGACAACAUGUACAUCGUAAUUUCUAAUCAGUCUCUAUCUGCCUGCUUCCUAUAUUGACAAUGCAAUCUAUAGAGUGCAGUGUAUGGGUGCUGAGAAUAUCUAUAUAUCUCUACAAUUACUCUGCUCUUUUUAUUUCUGCUAAUACAUCUUUAUUCUUUCUUUUCUCUGUUUUUUCUCCCUCACUGCCAAAUCUUUUCACCCCUUUCUCAUUAUAUCAACGUAUAUUAUUUUUUCCGAUCUCCCUAAUUAAUUCUGUUUCUUUACCAUCUCUUCACGUUCAUAUUUUCUCCUAUACUUUUGUUCUUUUGUCCCUUUUAUCUCACUCUGUCUUCUCUCUUUUUUAUUUUCUCUCAUCUCUCUAACUUUCGCUCCCUCCCUCUCUUUCUUUCUCUUACUAUAUGUGGGAUCACCUGUAGAUCCGGAUUAACAGAGAAGUGAGUAUCAAGCUUCUGGUCAUAUUUCCCACACCCCUCCCACCCAGGUGCUUUAUUGCCCUUGGAGUACUUCUAGAAAAAAGAUAUGUGGCAUAAGCCAACCAGUAUCCUCUAUCCACAGGAACUGUCAGCAAUUCAGCAGUGUAAAAGGCCGAAGCUGUUGUCAUUGGUAAUCCCACCACUUCAUUAGCCUUGCCAUAUUCAGUUCAUAUAUAUAUUUUUCUUACAUGUUGUAUCUUUCUGCUUUUCUAGCCCUACAUUUUCAUCAGUCAUUUAAUCAUCACCCUCUACGCUACUCUUUUUGUUUACUGUUAUCCUCCACAUUGUUUCAUGUGACAUCCCAGAUGUAAUCCUCUGUGUUAAUUUUUUCCCUUAUUUUAUAUCAUGUCACUCUCUACAGUACCCCUUCCAUCUGUACAGCUCCCUCUUCUCCACUCACAUUGCUCAUUAUGACUGUAUUCGUUGGAUUCCUUAUCAUUUAUCUUAUAGUUACCUUUGUUUAUCCUCUGUGCAUUUCCAUCUAUAUUCAUCUAUGUUCAUUAGCUAUCUAUUCUAGACUUUGCUUUCUUCCCUUUCUUCCUCUUGGUGUCUGUCCUUUGCUGACACACUUCUCAUGUUCCAUUUUUCUCAUACUUGUCUUUCUUACGGUUAUCGCCAAUAUUCUUUCGUAUAUGCAUUCUUUUACUCAUUCUUCUGUCACCCUUACCCUUUUUUGCCUUGCUCCUUCUUUCCUAGAACAAAACGCAAAAUUAAUAACUGUGUAACAGUCUCAGACCAUUUAAUUUUAUAUUCACAAAACCCCUAUACUACCCUCAGCAUUAUUUAAUAUCCUUAGAAUGUUAAAACCAAUUGCCUUUCCAUAGACGAUAUACCACGAAUCCACUACAGUUAUCAAAAGGGCCUACAACCCAACAAAACGUAAAAAAGUAAACGUUUCUCUCUUGUUCCCACUUUCACUCCAUUUUUACAAACUUGAUAAACCUCUAUACCUUUUAUCUAUAUUCUACUGGAAAUAUUGCAUGACAGUAUGCGGAGCGUAUGUACCUUUUAACCCUAAAUCUUUCCCUCCUCUCCUCUCCCCUUCUCUUUCUUUCUGUGGUAUCACCAUGAUUGCAAUGCAUGCCCUGAAUUGUCUGAUCUUUCAACAGUCAGUAUAUUUACAUGUGUUCCAUUUAUACUCUAUAGGGUUAUCACAGGUCCAAUCAUUUUAUCGCUACACAAGGUGAGCAACUGUUUGAGAGUACCAUUAAAUGGUUAACAAGCUUAACAAUUAAAAAGUGUGUCAUGCUAUCACAUUACUAUCCGAAAUAGACUCUUUUUUUUUUUUCUUCUGUUUAUGCAAAGUAAAAUUUCACACAUGUAUAAAACACCUGUUCAAGAUUACCCAAGAUGCAUAAUCUUGGAGAAUGUCAACUGUAGGAGGAAUUGUUAUAUACAAAGAAUGCACAGGCAAUGUGAUGCUUUGGUACAGGACUUAAAUAUGCAUACCUACACACAAGCUGCCACUUACUUAAUAGCAUGUAUCUAUAGUGAUGUUAUAAAAUAAAUAAUUGGAUUACAGUUCUUGUAGUCACUUCAUUGUACCUGCCAUGUUAAUGGAUCAUUCUUUUGACAAUUAAGGUCCUAAGCAAGACAUGAUCUAUGAUUUCUGGCGAAUGGUUUGGCAGGAACACUGCUCUAGUAUAGUGAUGAUCACCAAACUGGUAGAAGUUGGAAGGGUAAGUCAUAACUGGAAGUGAUGAUACUGUAUCUGUGUAGGGAUAGUAGAUGUCAUGACUGUUGAUAUGAAUUAUGAAGAGUUAGAAAGAGAUGUCAUUAUGAGAUAUAGAUAGUAAGCUCGUUUGAGCAGGGUCCUCUUCACCUCUUGGUUAUUUCCACAUCAUUUUAUUGCUUAAAUGACCUGCUGCUGUGUAUUUAUUUUGCAAACUGCAGCUUAACCCCUUAAGGACCAAACUUCUGGAAUAAAAGAGAAUCAUGACAUGUCACACAUGUCAUGUGUCCUUAAGGGGUUAAACUAUAAACUAAACUAUCACUUUGUAAUAAAAUGCAGAAUAUUUACUAAGCUGUGAUGACAAAUAAUCUCAGGUUUUGUGUUUUCAGAUAUUUAUAUUACUCUUUACCUCUCCCUUCAACUUGACAUCUAAUAUAGAUUUUGUUGUCUAUCUAAAAAUAUAAACUGCUUUCAUGAAUUUCACACACACACAUAUAGAAGGAUCAAACUGACUUGAAUGUCGAAACAACCUUGACCGUGAGAAAUCAAUAGAGCAUAAAAAUCAUUAGCUGAACAGCCAAUAAAAUCCCCAGGAAGCGAUGCCCAAUAAGUGUCUAGCCAGGUACAUCAGUACUAGGCUUAGUUUACACUAGAAACACAGUUUUUCUCUGUAUCUCCUAACAAUCCCCCUCCCCUCUCCCAGCAACACAGUUAGAAAGAUUUGAUGUUUUCUUUCAAUUGUAGUUCCCCCCCCCCCCUUUCUUGAUCACUUUACUUGAUGCAUGCUUGUUUUUUUCACCUCCCAAAUCACAUCUGCUCCUUCUUUGUGAUUUCACAGGACUUGCUGUUCCCAUAUGUUGCUUAGAUUCCAGUCUUAACCACUCUCAGCUUGGUUAUUUGUCAGUUCAGGUGAUUUUCUCUGAUCUUUCUUCACAAAAUUGCGCCUGGCUACAUUCGCAGCUGAGAAACUGAAGUAUUGGAUACUGGGGGGACUGGCCUGCAAUCCAUUUUUCUUUCCUUUUUUUUUUAUUUUGAAAUUAGUUUUCAUGCUCAGCUGCUGGACGUGAAUCAAUUAAAUUUGUUUUCUUUGGAUAGUCCACAAUGCUGAUGCACACUUGAAAUUAACACAAAACUCUAUUUCAGGAUGCUGCUUGCCAGGACCAAUGAUGCUUCUAAGAAUUAUGUCACAAAAUUAUACUUUCAUUGGCAGCUCCACUUGGCUGCCAAUGAGCACAGGGGUCAUGGCAAGAGAAGAAAUUAGCCCAGCGUCUUAAUGUAAUUGUCAAAUUUGUGCACAGCAUACAAAGCAGAGUAUAUGGGCCAACUAUACUCCUGAAUGAAAAAGUAUUUGUUUAAACACCCAAGCCUUUUGCUGGUUAUCAUCUUUACCAAAUCAAUGUCUUUUUUUCAUUGUGUGUACUAAAGUCAAACUGAACUUUCAGGAUAAUUCAUUUGAAAAACCAUUAUCAUACGUUUAAGGCCCCAUACCACAUUUCUGAUUUCUAAAUUCACGUGUGAAAUAUACAAUUAAUUUUUUCCACCAUUUUAAAUAGAAAAUGCAUGGAAAUUAUGAACUUAAAUGGUAGCGUAAAUAGGACAUUAUUAUAAAUCCCAGCAUUUUAAAAAUGGAUAAAGAGGGACACUUCAAUUUUAGGGAUGUGAGUGGAGGUGUGAUCAGAUGUGGGACUGUUCUGAGAAAUUUUAGGCGAUCUACUAAUAACAAUUUUUGCAAAUAAAAUUUAAUUCAGAAAUAGGCCCAUGUAUCUUGUUUCCACAAACUGAUUUCUAAACACAUUUAUUGUAAUUUAUAGAUACAUUACUGUGAGUAUUAUUGCUGUGGAGCUCUGUUAUACACUCAGAUGCACCAACAAUAUGGAGCUCUCAUCAGAUUGAGAAAUUAGGGUAGAAAAGAGGGGCACAGCAAUUUGGGCUCAAAAUAGGAACUAUCCCUUUAAAACAGGGACACUUGAGAGGUACGCAUUACGAGUGUUAUUUUGAAGUAUAUGUGUACAGUUUUAUUUAAAACAUUUAAUAGCCCCACAGUUUGCUUUCCAGUGUGUCCCAGUAUACUCAAAAACAUCAUCCCUCUUAUUGUUCAAUACGUGUUUUGUUUCCAUGCACUGCGUGAUUGUAUAUGAAUAUAGCUGUGUGGUAGUAUCCAUAGACCAACAGCAUACAAGCAUAGAAUGGGUAAAAGAACAUACAAGAGUGGUUUCAUUGAAGUGAGCAUAGGAUGCAAUCUUGUAAUUUUCCCUGCUCUGUUAAUGUCAUUAGUAUUGUCACUGUGUUGCACUGACGGCUAAUUAAGAACAAUGUUCCUUACAUCAGAUCAUUUUUUAAAUUGUGUUUUCUCGUAAAUCUACAUUAACUAUAAUGAUUUUAUUUGGUCUCUGCUGGUCUCAUUUUCCUUGCUCAUUAACUGUCUUCCUUCAGCGCCCCCACCCUCCUGAAUACAGCUGACGUGAGCUCAAUGUAAUUAGUUUAAUCUCUCUUUAUUAUUGUGCGUAUUGUAUUAUAUCCAUCACAGUGACAUGGGAUUAAUCGACUCUGUGAACCAUAAAUCCUUCUCUUAGUGUUACCCGGAGGUACGAUGCGCACACUUGGUGUCUUGCAUAUGCCAUUUUUCAGAUUCACCUUGCAUUGGGGGGAACUUAUUCAAUGUCCCAUUGUUCCUUUCUGCUUGCUUUCGCUGACAAACCCCGUGUUCGAGAGUCUCCUCUGUCAGUGUCAUAUUGCAAUUGUCAUUACAGAAAUUAGAUCUUAUAAUUCUUUGUGUCAGUGUUACACAUAGACAUAUGUACCACAUAGAGACAUUAAAUCAAAUAGUCACAAUAGAUAUAUCUUGCAUUUUUCCCAAUUUUCAAUUUUUGUUCCUUUUUCUGCCUUAACACAGGUAAAAUGCAGUAAGUAUUGGCCUGAUAGCACUGAAACAUAUGGAGAUAUUCGGAUUAACUUGCUGAACACUGAGAGUCUGGCAGAGUAUACAGUGAGGACACUUGCCUUGGAGAGGGUGAGAAAUAUUUGGAUUAUACAUUUUUGUUGUGAGAGGUACCUAUUGCAGCAUUGUAGGGUAGCAAUGGGUUGUAACACAGAAACUAGAAAAGAUGUGAAUUUAUAUAAUUUGCCCAUACCUGGUCUAAACUCCUUAUUUGGUCUUAUUUUUUGUUAAAUUGAUUACUUGAGAAUCUGGAAGGUUAAUUUGUGUAAUGUAAUAAGAAUAUGAUGAAGAGUAAUGUAAAUAUGUGCUGCUAAGAUCUGGGACAAUAGCUGUUACACAUUAAUGCUGUUUCUGAUUUUGAUCCCUUUAUUAUCACAUUGGAUCAGAAUCUUGUCCUUAAAAACCCUUGCUAGCAUCUAUUGUCCUAGUUAUGUUGCAUUUGUUAAACAUGUUAGAUAUUCCACUUUGAUACAGAACAUUGAAAGACUGGUUUAUGAUAACACAUAUUUAUGUCAGGCAUGUCAAACUCCAGCCCCCCUGAUGUUGCUGAACUACAACUCAAAUGAUUGUGUAGCUGCCAGUUGCAUUCGUGGAAUUCUGGGAGUUGUAGGCCAUCAACAUCUGGAGAGCCAGAGUUUGAGAUCCUUUAAAGAUUUUUUUUCCAGUAUGAUAAGUUAAUCAUUACAUAUUUACUGAGUGUUAUUUUGUGACACUAGUCAUAAAUAAAUAAUGUAAUAACUUAUACUUCAAAAGUUACUAUGUAUAUCAAGGAGCUUUGGAAAAAUCCCCUAGGAAACAGCUUGUAGGAGCAAUUUUAACUUGCAGUCAGAAUAACCCCAAACUACAUGACAUUGUGAAAUGAGUUAUGAAAUAUAAUUAUUUCAGGAAAAAUGCUAUUUAUUUUAUUUAUUUUUUUUAAAAGGGACAUGCAUCAUUUCAAGACAACCGUCUCAUUCAAAAGCCUUAGUUUUGAAUGUGACGCUUGCUUAAUUCUGCAGGCUGCAAAACCAGGUAAAUAUGAUUUAUUGUGCUGCCCACAUCCACUCCAGGGGAACACUGAUCUAACCAAUCAGGGUCUAAUCCCUAGGAAUACUGGAAAAGUGCAUUGGGCAUGCCUGACAGAUUUACACCUGUUCAGUUGGAAGAUCUCUUCCUUGCAACAUCCUGACAGGGGAAACGAGCUGGAGUCUGAUCAGUGUAUUCAUGCUGAACAGGCUCCAGUGGCAGUUUUUUCUGUCCUGCAGCUGCACAAUGAUGCCCUGUUUCUGUGAUUAGUGGACUGGUCUGAAACUGAGAUGGGUGGGUAAGAGUGGGGGGGAUCGAGGCUGAAGAAAAUCCCUUAGUUGCCCAAUAAUUCAAUCUGACCAAGUUAACAGUAAGUUUAUAAAUGUUUAUUACAUACAUUUCAAAGUUUUUAUUGCUUUAUUUUGGUUCAUAUAUUUGUUUACAAAUGUUUGCUUGCUGGUUUAAAAAAAAGGUAUCAAAUUGCAACGGGUUUGUCUUUGUGUUACAGUUGUGAUUCCAAGAAACAAUAAUGGAUGAAUAAAUUAUUUUUCAUUUUUUAAAUUAAAAUCCAUUUCAAGUUAUGCUGUCAGAUAAUAGGAAGAAUAUAUUAACUGUGGAUCUAUAAUAUAUAAUAUCCCUUUCAUGCCUAGUAGAAUCUGUUAUUACUAUGGUUGAGCAUGUAAAUACUAUUUAUUCCAUUAGCUUCUCAUGAGUAGCAAAUUACCCACUAAUUUCCCCAUAUUUCAUCACAGUUGAUUGGACAGCAAACAGUUGCAUGUAGAUGUGAUUUACUUAUUUUUUUAGCCUGACCUGUAAUUUAUAUUUCCAAGGUUUUUUUUUCUUUUUGUUGGAUCCAUGUCUGAUUAUCAUAUUUAGGCAUAGCUUUAAUAUUUUCUAUAUUUCUUUGUCCUUUACUUUUUUAUUUAUUACACAGGGCACAAAUUAAGUAGUAUAUAUUUCCAUCUUUGUCUUUGUUAGUGGACUUCUGAUCUCUGCACAUAUAAUCUGUUAAACCUAGAAGUAAAUGAGGAAUGGAAUUGUGGAGCUUGGACUAAGAAAUUGCUAAUUUUGAGGAAAUAAAAAAGUUACUAAAUUUGUAAAUCACUAGACAGUUCUUCGAUAAUUUAUAGAAUAUAUAGGAUGUGUUAGCUUGUGAUAAACCAACACUCACAAUCAACUUAUACUGGUUUAGAUGUACUUAAUUGUGCCUCGUAUACCAAGGGACUGCACAGCUUAAUAAUAAUUUCAGGUAUACAUUUGUUUUUCAGCGGGGCUACACAGUAAGACAUGAAGUAAAGCAAUUCCACUUCCUGUCAUGGCCAGAACAUGGAGUACCAUUCCAUGCAACUGGGCUUCUGGCGUUCAUCCGUAGAGUUAAGUCCUCUACUCCACCUGAUGCAGGUCCUGUUGUGGUGCAUUGCAGGUUAGUGGUGAUAUCACAGUGUUAUUUUAUUGGGCAGGGUAGAGAUGGCUUCUAGUGGUUUCUUCACUGUGGGCUUUUUCUAAAUCUUUCUCUGCUUGUUAUCAGUGCUGGAGCAGGUAGAACAGGAUGCUAUAUAGUCCUAGAUGUAAUGCUGGACAUGGCGGAGUGUGAGGGAGUUGUGGACAUCUACAACUGUGUAAAAACACUUUGCUCUCGACGAAUUAACAUGGUGCAAACACAGGUAAGCUGAAUUGUGAAGCAAUACAUCGAUGACCAUAUUGCUACCCUGUGGAAUAUUAAUGAUUAUGAGAAGUGGUAGACAUUGUUUUGAUGUAUAGAUUUAGCUACAAAAUCAUUCUUUGUCUCCAGGAACAAUAUGUAUUCAUCCACGAUGCAAUACUGGAAGCAUGUCUGUGUGGAGAUACAGCUAUUCCUGCUUGUGACUUUAGACAGACGUACAAGGAGAUGUUGCAGAUAGAUACACAGAGCAACUCUACACACCUGAGAGAUGAAUUCCAGGUAUUGCUGCUUCUUCACUUAGCUGUUCCCAUGCUAACCAAACGUCUGCACGAUCACUCACCUAAUAACUACAUCUAUGUACUAUAUCUUCUUAUAUUGGUUCACUGUUAUAUUGAUAUAUUAUUCUAUACCUAGAGAUUGUUUCAAAACCUUAUUCUUUAUGCAUCUUGUGCAUGUAACUACUUUCUGAAUUACUAUCCUUACCGCUCCUAUUCCUGCAUUGUUGACUUUCUUUGUUAAAAUUGAUUUUUGCUUCUAGUGUUUUAAAUUUUUAACUGUUUUCGUCUCUUUUUUUACCAAGACACUUAAUUCAGUGACUGCCCAGCUCGGUGUAGAAGAGUGCAGUGUCGCUCUUUUACCCCACAACCGUGACAAGAACCGCAGUAUGGAUGUAUUGCCUCCAGACCGUUCCCUGCCUUUACUGCUCUCUGCCCAUGGCGAGGACACCAGCAAUUACAUCAAUGCCGCUUUGACUGAUGUAUGUAUGGUCUUAUGAUUUAGUUUUGCUAUUGGUCUCUAUGUUUAAGAACUUGAUUUCAAGCCUCCACUGCUUGAGCUUGAGCAGUACCCAGGGAAUACGUAGUACUUGCUGUGUUCUAGAUUGGAUCUUUGUAGACUCAAACUAAUUCAGUCCUAAAGAAUCUUUGAUGCAUGACUGAUUCAUAGCUGAAAAUUACUAUUUAUUUCUCCACUUAUGGAAAUAUUCUCGUGUGAGUUUGUUGUAUCACUGUUUGUGAUAGGUAGAUGGAUGGGUGGAUGUAUAAAUAGAUAGAUAGAUCCUUUAGAUAAAGAAAAUAUAAGCAUACAUGGCCAUUAAAGCUAUUACCAAAUAUACUGAACUUAGAGCAUUGUGUCCUGUUUCCACAGAGUUACACAAGGAGCUCACAUGUGAUUGUCACUUUGCAUCCUCUGCAAAACACAAUUACAGACUUCUGGAGAUUGGUUUAUGACUAUGGUUGCACUAGUAUUGUAAUGCUAAACCAGCUCAACCAGUCCAACUCUGCAUGGGUAAGUACUAAUCAUGAGUCUAAAGAAACACUUGUACCAAUGAUAUAUACAUCAGUACUGCUGCAGAGAACAUUUUAAGUCUGACACAUUGCAAUCCAUUUUUUAUCAGCCUGUGAAUGUCUGUAGCCCUAUCUUUAUAUGUGUUAUAUUUGUAUAUUACCCUAAGACACUUUAUUGCAGUAUUGUGUUUAGGUGCAUUCAAUGUACUUCUUUCUGCCAUCACAACAAAGUAACAUAUCCUUCAUUUUAAACCAUUUCUGCUUACCAAUUUUUAUCAGUAUUCUCCCUCAUCAUGUGCAUGAUUCAUCUCCAUUUCCUAUUUUUUCUUCCAAUCCUAGCCCUGCCUGCAGUACUGGCCAGACAGUGGGAUUUCCCGUUAUGGGCCAAUGGAAGUGCAGUUUGUGUCUGGAUCAGUAGAUGAAGAUGUAGUGACUCGCCUGUUUCGUGUACAAAAUAUCACUAGGGUAAGCAACUCUUCAGCAUGCCACUGAUACAUUGUGACUUUUUAAAUGCUGAUAAAGACUUUUCUUUGCCCACCCUCCCCCUUUCCCCCCUCCAAAAAGUUUAUUGUUUUAUUUCCAUAUAAUUUCUUCAAAUUAUUAUUAUUAUUAUUUUUUUAAACAAAGUGCUUUCUCUUUUUUUCUCAUUACUCAUACUGCUUGUCACUCCCAAUUCCCUUUUUACUUUUCCAUCACAUCGCCUUCUUUUCAUCUUGUAAUAAUUUUCUACUCUCCUGUAGGAUGAACAUCUUCUGGUCAAACAUUUCCAGUACUUACGCUGGUCUCCAUAUAGAGAUACUCCAGACACCAAGAGGUCAUUUCUACAACUUUUGUCUUUGGUGGAGCAGUGGCAAGAUCAAAAUAGAGACCACAGAAUGCUAGUACACUGCCUGUAUGUAUAUGUGUGUUCUUGAAUAGUCAAAUUCAUACUAUGACAUCAUGCAAGUUCCCAUACCGUGCCCCUAAGAUGUAUUAAGUAGAGAAAAGGGUACAUCAGAGUCUUUUUACAGGGCUUCAGUAGACAAUAGGAUAACACUAUCACACUUGUAUACUGUAUAAACAGAUUACCACCACCACACUCUGUUACAUUAGAAAUGGGUAAUUACCAUAUUCUCUAGACUUCAUCAACAUUUUUGUCACCUAGCAUCAUCACAUUUUCAAGAAAAGCCUGACUACAUUUUAGUAAAUUCAUUACAUCAUUUCACUCCCCCUAAAUAGUUGGGAUGCUCUCCAGCUGGACCAAUCUUGGAACUAUGGUGCCAAGACUUCUAAAGUCUUACACAUUUUGCCUAGCAUUUUAUAUACAUUGUAAAGAACUGCUUUCCUGUUUCAAAAUUUGGUUACUCCCAUAAGGUAUUGGCUGGCUCCUACAUUUUACAAAGCUGUGUUAACCCCUAAACUCCAUUAGGGAAAUAUUUUCAUGUUGUGUUUUGCCUCCACAGGAAUGGUGGUGGUCGGAGUGGAACAUUUUGUGCCUGUGCAAUGCUAUGUGAGAUGGUGCGAUGUCACCAAAUAGUGGAUGUGUUCUAUGCUGUGAAAAGUCUAAGGAAUGUCAAACCAAAUAUGGUGGAGACACUGGUAAGUGAUAUCAUGUUGUAACACAGGGGUGCCCAAAAGGUAGAUCCCUAGAUGUUGUAGAACUACAUCCCUUGAUGCUUUGCAUACCUUUGUAAUGCAUUUAGAAUGGCAAAGCAUCAUGCAAGCUGUAGUUUUAAAAUAUCUGGGAUUGUACCUUUUGGAAACCCCUGAUGUAAGACAAACGCAAUCAGGACUACUGCCCCUUAUAAUUUGUCACAGCAUUAUGACUGAAUAUAGAAUGUUGCUAAUGAUUCUUCUCCUUUCAAAGGAUCAAUACCGCUUCUGCUAUGAAAUUUCUCUUGAAUAUUUGGACUCCAUCGACACCAGAUAGCAUUCAAAAAUACUUCAGGUGACAAUCCUGUAUUCUGUGCCCAGCAAAUAUUGCUUAAUUUCGACUGCCAAAAAUAAAAGGGAGUUUAACCACCUUUCUUCUUGCAAAUUCAAAAGGGCUUCUCUUUACUAAUCCUUCUAUGUACUACAUAAUUCCAUACCUUGAAAGGUAGCAUGCAACAAGAUCUGUCAGUCUAGGGAUUAAAAUUGGAAGUCCUGCCAAUAUAUGUGUGUACAUAUUUGUAUCUGUACAUAUUUUAAAUAAAGACUGAAAAGCUAUGGUUCCCAGUAUGCUAUACUAGGAAUAAUUUAUAGUAAGACACAGGAGAUAUGCAAACAUGUGAACAAGGCCAUUGCCAGUUUAAUUGGUUCAGUAGGGUAUGUGAUGUAAGAUCAAUUGAGCUACAUACAAAAGGAUCUACUACGAUAUUGUGUGUCUCUCUCUCUGUAAAAUCAUAUCAAAUUGAGAUAUAGAUCAAUGUAGCAUAAUGCACAAACAGAAUCAGAAAAGAACCCUGUUUUGUUUGAUCCUACAACAGACACCACAUUAUACAAUAUGUUUGUCAUUCUGAUUAUUAUCUGUAAAUAAGGGUAUAUUAUGUAUUAAUCCCAUAAGUAAUGAUGGGGUUUUUUAAUGCUUUAUUGUAUCAAAUAAAAUGCCUGUUUUUCUUA